AUGGCCAAAGCGACGAUCAACUACCGCAAUGAGAAGACACACAUGAUGAGUGCAAUUGAUCGAAGCUUUACGGACCAAAGUACCCUGCAGGAAGAUGAGAGGCUGGGCCUGUCCUUCAUGGACACACACAACUACAGUAACAGAGGUAAGUUCCAGGCAAGCAGCUACAGGUAGUGAUUUGGCUUUUACAUUCUGUGCUGAACCACAUAGACCAAUGGCAUUGGUGCUCAAUAACAACAUUGGUUUUGCUUAGAUUACAGCCAACGUUUCUGCCCAUGGUACCUUGCUGCAAGCAGUUCACAGAUGUAAUAGAGAGGUAUCUUGUUUGGCUUCUGUGGGAUGUUGGACCGUGCAGCCACACAGGGACAGUCACAUCAUACAGGAUGGGGGGGAAAGGGGACACUUGAUUCCCCUUGGCUGAAUCCCAGUAAGGGGGUGUAGUGUCCCUUCCCACCAUUUUGGAAAGUCUACUGUUGUUCAACGAACUCUGAAGAGGAAGAGAGAGUGUCAUGUUGCAUGCAUCUCAUGACUGAUAUGUGCAGGGUGACUGAAGGACUGUCACGUUGUUGCCCAGCCAGGUGUAUCUGGUUGGAAAUUAUGGGUUGUACCGCUCUUCAUCCAAAGAUCACUGGGUGGUUACACAUGCACAUGUUUGUGUGGUUGUUUCAAACUGUUUUCUAUGUUGAAACCUGCCCUGUGUCUUUUUUUUCUUUUUAAGUAAAGGGCAGGUAAUUAAUCUGAUGUUGAGUAGGAAGAAGUGGAGGACCUUUGUCUCAUCAGGGACAUCUUCUUAUUCAGGCUCCCUCUGACCUAUUUAAGGCUGUAGAAAACCCAUUCUGAGUUUAUUUAAAAUAAGAGAGAUGACGGGAGAGAGAGUAUCUGCAACACAGGGGCUAUAGCCACAUGAGUCAUGUGGGUACUUGUCCCCCUCUGGGAUAUUCCCAGAAUAGGAGGAAGUGUUUAAGCCCCUGGGUCAUUCACAGUCUUCCAAAUUAAGGUUUCGAGGUGUGCCUGAAGGCACCAAGUGAGUUUCAUUUUGUUAUAGCAGAUUCUAUCACCCUGGAGCUCUGUGGCUUCAUGCUCUGGACUUUGCCACAGGAUACAUCAUCCUAAACACACAAUGUCCCACGCUAUCAUGAUUUAACCUUCACAGUCAAGUACUCCAAGGCAGGCUGUAAGUGCUUUGAGAUUCUAGGCAAGCCCUCCUAGCCACCUCUGGAUUUUGGUUUCUGUCUGGAACCAGUGGAAGUUUCAGAAUUCUAUUCCCAAAAUGCUGUGUGGCUGGAAGAAAGAAAACACGAAUGCUCAUACAAUGGACAUUUAUUUCCCUGUAGUUAUUUUCUGCCAAAGCAUAAACACUAAGGAAAUGAGCGUUGUUUGUUUGAAGGAAUGUUAUGUUAAAGCGUUUGCGGUGUGGAUUGUUUGUAGGUUUCAGACUGGGCUUGAAUGGCAGUGUUUAGUUCUCAAAACGAGAACUACUGGUUUCAAAGUGCUGGUUUCAAAGUGCUCUAUCCGGACAACUGUAUUCCAACGUCUUGCUUUACAGUCUUGGGGUCAAAUAAUGGAUUGGCCUAAUGGGAUUAAGAACAGCCACUGCUGCAAUUUUAUUCUUUUUCUGAUACAACUUUCAUGGGGCACAUCUUUGCUAAAAAUAGAGCUACAUGCUCUCUGUCCUUUGAAUGUGCUUGGUGCUGGUUUGCCUCUGACUCACCUGAUUUCCAUUUGUUUGAUUUGACCGUGACUGAAUGUUUAAAAAUCACAGGCAGUAAUCUUAUUUGAAAUGCUUUGGCAUGGUGCAGAGAAGAGGAUCUUUAUGGUUCCCUUCCGUUCCCAUUGCAGUAGGAUUCUGAGUCGUUGCUAGCUUGCAUACGGUUGUCGAUUUGCCUAAACCAGGGAUGGUGAACCUGUGGCCUUCCCAACUCCUAUCAGCCCUGUGAAGGAUGAUGGGAGCUGUAGUCUGGCAGUAUCAAAUAACAUAAAGGUAGAAGAAAAGCCCUGCUGAAUCAAUCCAAAAUCCCAUCUGGUUCAGCACUCUGUUCUCACAGUGGCCAACCAGACACCCAUGAGAAUCUAGAAAGCCACGGGUUCCUCAGCCUACACUUUGGCUCCAUUAUCUUUCCCCCCGAAAAUCUGCUCUGCAUUGAGACUGAGACUGAUCAAUGGAUUUUGCUAGUGGUCUGCAUCCAAAAUUAUAACCUCACCUGGCUACCUAGUAACCACUUGUCAGCAAGAGACAUUCAGAGCACUGGAAUUGUGGUUCCCAUCUUGAACAUGGCCAAGCAUAUUGAGGAACCAUACUGAGAAUGUUUGCCCUAUUUCCUCCAGCCUCGCAGCAUCUGCUCUCUAAAUGCAAUGCAACCCCCCCGCCCCAGUCAAAGCUGCAGCUUUGGGAUUGGGAUGGUCAUGAUGUCACAAUCCCUGCGAUUCUUGGGAGCCAGUGCAAAUAUGGUCCUUAGUGGAGAGGAUGUCCUGCUUCUUGCAGUGACUUUUAUUAGCAGUGCUGCAACAUACCUGCAGACACACCCAUGCUGCACUUUGUCUACCCUGUUUUUCCAAGGUUCUAUAUUAUGCAAAAACUUUCAGGAGCACAGGGAGCUCCCUCGCCGUAGCUGCCCUUUGCCUUGUGGCAGACAGGAAUGGCACAAGGGGCAUGGAGCUAGCCUGCUCGUCCCUGUACCAACCACUGUCCUCCAUAUGUGAGCAUGGCACAAGCUAUAUAUAAACCCAAGAGCAAAGUGCUCUGGCCAGAAACCAGUAUAUAAAUGUAGCAACUAACAAACUAAAAUGAAUAUCCUUGUAUUUUCCUGGGGCUGUUUUUUUGUUGAUUUCUGAUUGCGGCCGAGCUGUUGUGAACAUUCAAGAGUUAACGCGGCAGAGCCUCCACGUUAGGCCGAGACUUAUAAUUUCACACCGGUGAAUGCAUUUCUAUGCUGAUUUAGUUGUAAAGUAAUUCUUUCUGUGCCCCAGUUUCAGCCAUAUGCUAAUAACACCUGCUAUUGGAACUUCAAGAUGCUGCCUUGCUCACAUCUUUCCUCUGCAGACUACAAGAUUAAUAUGGUUUGUACCAUUGUCUCGCAGACAAUAGAAGCCCAGAGGGCAAGAGUUUCCCUGUUUUAUACAUCUCCGCAGGACUAUUAUUUUAUUUUAGUUACUGCACCAUUUCAGUUUCUUAGAUUGCUCUUAACAAGACCAGUUUGUAUGAACAAUUUGUCUUCUGCGAGCAUCUGAAAGAGCUUUCGGCCCAAAUUUGCUGCUAUUGCUUUACAUCUUUUGAAGGCAAUGGAAUGGCGCCUGCUUUGACUGGCAGUGGGUUUAACCUUGUUCUUGGGAGGCCCUGUGGAAAAGGGAGUUUUCCAAAGCAAUUGCCAAGGGACUGCAGCCUCUUUCUACAUGUACCCACAGAAAACAAGAGCCCUGCCCUGACUCCCACACCAGCAUUAAACUUAGAAGCGCCUGACAUCUGCUGAUCGGGGUGGACUUUGGUAAUAUGGUGCCCUGAAAAAGGAUGGAAUUUGCCCCCCCCCAAUAAUAAUAAUAAUAAUAAUAAGUAUUUUCACAAUAAUUCAUUCUGGUACAGUUGCUUUUUAUGGAUUUUCUCAGUAGGUUGACUGUUAGCACCUGUCUGUGUUGAGAGACAAAAGGAUGUCAGGGUGAAGUCAAACCACUGCAUUAGCAGGCUCAAGCCUGGGCAAUGUAUAUGGAGGUCCUGGGCUACCCAGAUGACAAGAUAGCCUAAUUGAUGUGGUCCAAGGGAAAGCAGAGCAAUAUGUUUGGCACCAGCUUGGCUGCUGGAGUUGCCGGAAGGAAGUGUACAAGGCACCAUCCAACCAUCUUAGGGACUCCACUCUGGAUUUUUGCUGGGUUUUUCCUCCUUUUUUCUGCCUGAAGAUAUCCCACAAGGCAGCAGAGAUUUAGGACCACAGUUUUCCUUCUCCUAGAUGGGCUCCCUUCCCAGGUUGAUGAACCCCACCUGCCCCCCACUUCCCUCUUCAGCAUGUGCAGAAACUGCCUUCUUGGCGGUUGGACCCACUGUUGGUCUCAUCCGCUCAAUCUGCAAGUGCCUGUCUUUGCUUGCAGAGGAAGUCCCAAACUCGCCGAGGGUUUGAGACCCAUUGGCUGCCCUCACCUGGUUUAGCUGACCAGUUGAAGCCAUUCCCCCUAGGUUUGGCAGGGGAAUCACCUGCACCUUCUUAAAUCUGGUGAUGUGACUUUAAGGCAGCAAUAAAGAUUUGGCAUACUGUGACAUCAAGGUGUUCAUUUGCCCACAGACUGCCUGGGGGCUUUGUAGAAGACUGGCAUCCAUUCCCAUUUGAAAGAACAAGCAAUGAUUUGGCCUGAAGAAGUCCUUACUCUGAGUGGCCAUUCAGACUGGGCCUAGAGCAAGGAUGGGGAGGCUGUGUCCUCCAAUUUCUGCUGGAGUACAACUCCCAUCAUUCCUGACCAUUGGCCAUCUUGGGUGGGACUGAUGGGAGUUGGAGUCCAACAAUAUUAGGAGAGCUGUGUAUUUCCCACCACUGCCCUGGAGGCCAAGAAAAUCAGCAGUGACAGCAGUAGCAGGGGAGAAAUGAAGCCACUCAAGAAAAGGUGCCCAGCAGUUGCACAGGCCUAUAUGCCAGUGGUGGGGGACCUGUGGCCCUCCAGAUGUUCAAUUCCUGCCAGUCCCAACCAGCAUGACCAAUGGUAAGAGAAGAUGGGAGAGGUACUCCAGCACUCUCUGGGGGCCAGAGCUUCUCCACCUCUAUUAUAUGUGUCCACUCAGAAGCAAGUCUCAUUUAGUUCAGUGGGGCUCCUUCCCAGGUAAAUGUUGUAUAGGAUUUCAACUCAAAAACACCCUGUCCAGCCUUGCUCCCCCUCAAAAUGGAGCUUGUAGCAUUUUAAUCAGCAGUGAACAACUACUCCUAACUAGGUUUGUUUAAAGCCCAUGAUUUAUUUAUUUGUUUGCCUGGGAAAGCACGUGCAAGCUAAGAUACAUGCAUAACGCUGUGUUCCUACCCCAGGGAAGCUCUGAAUGGCUCAUUUCCCAGAGAUCGGGAAAGGCUAAUUUUCCCGGGGAAUAAGACAUUUGCCACGGCUUCUGUUGUUGCGGUAAUGGUUUCUGCAUGCUAUCUGAGCCCCCUUGUGCACAUCACUCUCGUACAAUUUCCUUUACAUGCUUGCCCGAUACAUCUCUGUGGGCUUUUAAUUACCAAAUGCACAUGUUGCCUUCUGGAAACCGCAAGCAAAAGGGCAAGGAGGGAGGCUAUGUGGUGACAUUUGCCCAGAAGAUGAAUAGAUGCUGGAGCUGUAGGAUUGAGCCCAAAAGGAUUAUUAUGAUGAAAUGUUGUUAGGGCAACUACUUCAAGAACUCUGCCAUGCAGGGGAGUUGCGACUUGAGCAGAGCUCACCAUACAGGAUAAUGCAGAGAGAGAGAGAGAGAGAGAGAGAGAGAGAGAGAGAGAGAGAGACUAAGUGAGAUGAAGAGAACUUCAGGAUACAGGAGGUGUGCAAGUAUCAAGAGAAUUUAGCAACAUAAAGAUGCAUUCCCAGAAUUACUUAGUGCACAUUAGCUGUCCUGAACAUUGCUUAACUACCCUGCCCAACUUUAAAUGAGAGUGAAUUUCCAGGGGAAAUGGAGGAAACAAAGAUUCUAAGCAGUGAUGCCACUGAAGAUUAAAAAUAUCAGGCUCCAAAUAUGGAUUUAUGAUUUUGGGGAGAUUCUGAAUACAAAAGUACACAACACAUACCAUAUUUUAUGACGACAUUGCCUGCCUCUCUCAGAAUGGCCUAUGGCUCAUGUUCAAAUAAAGCCUAAUGACCAAAGAUUUGUAUCCACCAGGAGCUAUGCAUUUAGUACUGUGGGCCCAAUUAUACAGAACUUUCUUCCAGUUGAGGACAGACAACUGGAAUCUCCCUACUGAGGUUCUGGUGUCUACUAAAUGCCCCCUUUUUAUUAUUCCCACCAACAUUUUGAUUGAAGUCUGAUUUCAGAGUUUUAACAGAUUUUUAUUUGUAAUGUAUAUUUUGUAAACUGCAUAAAGACAAUGGUUGUUAAGUAGUAUGUAAAUAGUUUAAAUAAAUAAAAUAAUCACAUAUACUUCAAGAAGAGGGCAUCCACAAUGUAAGUGUAAAGACCCUUAGCCUUACCAUUUUUGGGUUGGGAAGCCCUGCAUUGUUUACAACAGUGCCUUAUCUUGCUACUGAGCUAUACUUGCAUAUUGGAAAGCACCUACACAUGUGCAGUAACUGCACAUUUAGAACUCUCAACAAAUAUCCCCCCUUUUUCAGUGUUUUCCAAUUCUACUCAUAAUUCCUGUGUUGUUUCUGAAUACUGCUGAAGGCAGUUUGCCCUUCUCUAAUUCUAAUUUGGGUUAAUGAAUGUGAAUACAGAACCAGGAAGGGUCUUUGUGUGGCCUAGGGAGAGCUUUAUCCCUAGGGAGGUCCCUUUGCUGUAUAAUUGGUUUAAAAGCCCUGGUCUACCUUGUCGAGAGAGAUGUUGAGUUAAUUCCACUCAAGAUGAGUGGACUUCAUUGACGUCAGUAGCAUCAUAUUACUGCCAUUACCAGAGAAAUCAGUACUUGAUCCCAGAGAUGAAAUUGCAUUUGUGAACAUCUCCAUUAAUUUUCUAUUUUUUUUAAAAAAAACCCACUUUUAAAAAAUGAUAUUUUACCAACACAAACAUUUGCACAAGUCGUUUUGAACCGAUCACUGGAGAAAAGAGACAAAAUGGCUGAAGCAUAUUCAGGGUUGUCUCUCUUUUUUUAAUGAUUUUUAUUUGAUUUUACAAAUUCAUUCACACACAAAAUCGCAAAUUAUAAAAAUUACACAAGAUUCUUCUGAAUCUCUAGACUUCCCUCCUCCCCUCCAUGGAUUCCUUAAUUAACCUUUUCAACUACAUACAAUAAAUCCUCCUAAUUUUCUAGUCCUCCAUUGUAUCCAAAGUCUCUGUAACAUUACAAGAGUUAUUUAAGACCUGCCAAAGAGUUCAGGUGUUUAUAGUGGUCUGUCAAAUAUAGUAUAAAUUUCUCUCAUAAUUUGUUGAAGUUUUGAUCCUCCUGAUUUCUGAUUUUCCCAGUCACUCUUGCCAUCUCUACAUAGUUCAUUAAUUUAAUCUGCCAGUCCACUUUGGUAGGGACUUUAUCGUCUUUCCAACCUUGGGCAAGCAGCAUUUAUUCAGGGUUGUCUGGUCCUCACAUGCUUUAAAGUAGUACUUUUCAAAACCUAUCUAUGUGCACCACCAGCAGAACAGCACUGGUUUAAAGUCAUCAGUUUGUAGUAUAGUUGGACCAAUGUCCAAGCUGAACCAUGCUCACGAGCAACCAGGUCUUCCUUCCUCUUUCCAGUAGAAGCUGGCUGUGCAGAGUUCUGAUUAGCUGUCUCUUGUGACAAUCAUGAAUCUGUUUCAAUCCCAACUCCAUGUUUGGCUGUGCAGAGUGCUGAUUGGCUGGCCCUUGUAGAAAAUCAUAAAGCACAACUCCCCCUGUCCUUCCCUUAACAGCAUUGUUUCAAGUUAAAAGAAAAUAAGCUUGUGUGUGUGUGUGGAAUUCACCAACUAGGGAUGGGGGAGAAAUUCGAUUCAGUUCGCAUUAUCUGAAACAAUGUGUGAACUUGGUUGUCCUUCAAAAUUUGAACUUUUCUGAAUUUUGCAGACCCAGAAAAGAACCUUCAGGUCAUCUGAAUGUGGUGCAAUUGAGCAAGUACAGUCAGAUUUUCAGGACCUUGGACAGCCCCACACAAGCAACUUGCUCCAAGUUCUGCAGUCCCCAAUGAAACCUUUGUGUUCUCAGUCUGUGCUAUCACACUCAAGCCUCGCCUUUGUUUAUGUUUUCCCCUGGAGACCAAGUAGCUUAAAUUAUUAUCUAGCACUCCAACUCAUUCCCCCAAUUUAUUUCCUAGCUUGUUGUUUGCAUCGGUAAUCCAGCAGUGAGGAGCAGGGAGUUCCAGUGGGGAAGAUGGUUGCUUGUUUGGGAACCUCAGUCUAUGGGGAUACCUGUUCACGGGAACAUGAAAAGGCUCUGGCUCAGAACCAGUGUGGAGACCAGCUCUUCUGUGAUCUUUGGCACUGGCUUUUAAGAUCUGGCUGUGCCCUUGUCUAAGGUGGAGUCUGAGCUACUGCCCAGGGUAGGUGGCCGGGGUGUCAUAGCAGUCUGUGGUAAAAGAUAUGAAUGCAGCAGGAGUGUUAGACUCCUUAGGUCAACUGUGUGGAACCUGCAGCCCUCCAGACAUUGCUGAAUGACAACUCCCAUCAUCCCUGGUCAUUGGCCUUGCUGGCUAGAGCUGAUGGGAGUUGUCAUUCAGCACUGACUGUACGCAGACCUGCAUAGCUUUAUAGAGGGACUUGUGUUGGUUCCUGUUGUUCUCUGGAUUCCCUUUCCCGCCUCUCUGCCACACCUUCUCUUAUUAUUCCCAGGUGACCAGCGCAGCAGUGUUGUCAAUGAGUCCAGCAGCUUGUUAGGGGGUUCCCCUCGACGGCAGUGUGGGCGCAAAGGCUCCCCCUAUCACACCGGGCAGCUCCAUCCUGCCGUCCGAGUGGCUGAUCUUCUCCAGCACAUCAACCAGAUGAAGACUGCAGAAGGCUAUGGCUUCAAACAAGAGUAUGAGGUGAGAAUUUGGCCCCAGGCUCUACCAAAUUCAUAAUCCCUGAUAGUGAUAUGUGAAGCCCACUGAACUUGAAAUUGAGAAAGUGAGAGAAACACCCCUGUUUUGAACCCUGAUCCUCCAGAAUUCUGCACAUGGGUAGAAUAACCCCCUCCUAUCUGAUCCAGAUAUUUGCCUACAGUUCACAGAGGGCAGUGAGGAGGUUGGGGACUAGCACACUGGUCCCCAAUCUCCCUUAUGCCAUUCUCAUAAUGUGGGGGGUGAUGGACAGGGAGAUUAGAACACCCAAACUGAGCUCUAGAUCUCUGGAAUUCCUGUGUUGCUAUGGCACGGUAACCAAGAUGCUGGCUUAGCCUGGGGAAUUCAAGGGGAGUUUCUGUCUCCCGGCUCCUUUCUUCUUCUUCUUUUCUGAAAGGACACUGUGUCCCUAAACCACAACAUCACCUCUUAUGCCAUAUCAAAAUGGAACAUGUGCAGCCCCUCUGCUUUGCGACACUGUCAGAACAAUAUGGUUUAUGUUUCCCGUGGGACAUGCCUAUUGAAGGUCCCUCCAUUCUCUCUGCCAAAAAAUAUUACUGUCUCGUGUUCAAUUGUUUCGGAUGUCUGAGACACUCGCUCCUCUCCAAUAUUAUGAAUUUGACAAACCUGAGCUAGUCACAAUAAUUAGGGCACCUUGAAAAGCUGUUGUAUAUGUUCCAAACCAGUCAUUUGAAAGGCACUUGGAUAUUAGGAACAAGCAAGGCAACAUAUCAUUUUCUUCCACUUUCUCUUUUUUGCUCAUAGCAGCGGGGCUGCAGUUAUUUCACAUGCGCACAAGAGGCUUGCACACACACACACACACACAGUAGCUCUGUGUAAUAACAGGAAAUAAAGAACCAUGGGAAACAGAAGAUUCCAUAAUCUGGGGGGUGGGGGGUGGGAGGGAAUGAGUCAUUUCUGCAGGGAGGGAGAAUACAGAUGUAGUGGAAUGAAUCCACUUUAAAAGUGCCCCCUUGGGGAAUCCCUUUAAUGAAAAUAGACAUUGAUGAAAAUAUAUUUCCACCCUACCAGUGAUAUAUCUAUAUCUGUGUGUCUGUCUAACUAUCUAUCUCUAUCUCUAUAUAUGUGUGUGUGUGUGUGUGUGUGUGUGUGUAUAUAUAUAUAUAUAUAUAUCCCCUUCAAAAUAUUUAUUCCAGGGUGGUUUACAAUGUAAUUUAAAGCAAAAUAACAAUAAACUAUACACUAAGCCAAUUAAAAGUAAUAAACACACCACAUAAUCAGCGCAGUGCAGACAUUAAACUUGCAGUUAAGGCAGCAAAGUAAAAACUUCAGUUCAAGGGUUUGUAAAUGUAGCAUCCUCUCGACACAAUGGCUGCUGCUACCUGAGGGAUGCAGUUUGGAAGCUAGCAGUUCUGGUCCUGAAAUGUGCGGUCCAUAGGGUCUUUGCUUUUGAAAAUGUAGAUCUUCCUCCCUAAAUUGACUUUAGAGCAGAAAACACACUAAAAAUGUCUGCUACACAAUUAAGGGUGAAAUCCUAUGCAAAUUUAACUGGCAGUAAGUCUCAGACUGUGCACACAUUGCACUUUUUCUGCACGCAUACACACACAAACCCAAAUCCUGGGAACUGUAGUUUGUUAAGGGGGCUGGGAACUGCAGCUCUGUGAAGGGUAAACUACAGUUCUCAGGAGUCUUUUGGGUGGGAUGUGCUUUAAAUAUAUAGUGUGUCUGGAGUCCCAUUUAACUCAAUAGUACUUGCUCCUGAAAAUACAAGGAAAAGAUUGUACUGGAAAAACAGAACAAAACCUAACAGUGAAAUCCUACAGACUUGUACGCAAAAGUAAGUCAUUUCCAUGGAGCUUACUUUCUAGUAAGUAGACAUAGGGCUGGAACCUUAGUCAAUUAAUCAUAUGUGUUUUAGUUGAUUGAUUAAUUAAAUCCCCAUUUUUCUGUCAUUGAUUAACCACCUAUUUUUGCUGUUUUCAUGCCAACUUAUAAUCCAAAAGGAUGCAUACCCACCCAACACAUGUCAGCGGGAAACCACAAGGGGAAAAGGAUACUUACUUUGUUUUAAAGAUGAUCUUCCUAUGCAUUAUCAGGCAUUAUCAAGAGGCAGUCUCCUUUCUAGGCAUGAGAAAAUGCCUAUAAGAACGUAAGGAUCAGACCCAAAGACCUAUCUAGUCCUGCUUUAUGCUUCCACAAUGGCCAAUCUGAUGCCUCUUCUAAGAUGGUACUUGCCAUUUGUAGCACCUGUAUUAAAAAAAAAAUCUCUCUCUCUCUCUCUCUCUCUCUCUCUCUCCACCUCAAACCCUUGGUGAGUUAGGCUCUGGCAGAUUGAGCAGACAAGACCAAAAGUGGGCCCAAUGGUCAAGAGGGUGGUUUCUGAGGAUGUGGCUCACCCUUGAUUCUGAGAUCUGUGGGUGACUCCCCUGUAGCUUCUUCUGUUCUACCACCGUCCUGGAGCAUGCAGCUACAGAACCAGUUACGGGCCCUUUAAGGAUUGCAUACAGCUUUCCCAAAUGGGCAGAGACACUGCAAGGAGAAGGCCUUGCCAGCCUCCUCAAGAAGAGCCCUGCUGAAUCGGGCCAAAGGACCAUCUAUCCAUUGUCAUGUUCUCACAGUGGCUAGUCAUAGAAUCAUAGCAUUGUAGAGUUGGAAGGGGUCCUGGUGGUCAUCUAGUACAACCCCCUUCAAUGCAGGAAUAUGCACUUGUCCCAUAUGGGGCUCGGACCUGCAACGUUGGCAUUAUCAGUGCCACACUCUAACCAACUGAGAUCAGAUGCCCUUCUAGAGGCAUUCCCCCCCUGCUGAGGGCCACAUUUCUUCAAAGGUAAUCUUUUGAGGUCCAUAUUCCAACAGUGGGUGGGGCCAAAGCCAAGAGUGGAUGGGACCACUUCUUUCUCUGCCUCUCUCCACCCCUUUAUUUCUCUCUACCUCCCUACCCCAACAUGCAGGUAACUGGAGUUGGGAUAGAGAGCCCUCUUGCCAUUUAUGCAGAAAUUAAUUUUAGGGCCACAUGCAUUGCAGGGGGUUGGACUAGAUGACCCUCAGGUCCCCUCCCAACUCUUAUAAUUCUGUGAAAUUAGACUGAGUGCUGCCACACAUUACUCACCUCUGCUUCAGAUGCUGUACAGUGGUACCUCAGGUUACAUACGCUUCAGGUUACAGACUCCACUAACCCAGAAAUAGUGCUUCAGGUUAAGAACUUUGCAUCAGGAUGAGAACAGAAAUUGUGCUCCGGCGGUGCGGCGGCAGCAGCAGGAGGCCCCAUUAGCUAAAGUGGUGCUUCAGGUUAAGAACCGUUUCAGGUUAAGUACGAACCUCUGGAAUGAAUUAAGUACUUAACCCAAGGUACCACUGUACUUGACUGCUCUGUGGUUGGCCACAAUAUGGAUUCAGCUUUCUGUGUGCAUGUUUGUUUUUAUAAAAAAAGUGGGUCAUCUAAUAUUUUAAUGCAGAUCAUCUUAAUAUUCCCGAAAGAUAUGUGCCCCUCCUUCUGCCCUGGUCAUUCAUUGGGGAAGCCACUGUGAGCACCUCACCUAGGCAGUGGGUCUUGAUGCUGUAUGGUAGAGCCCACCCCUAGGGGAGCAUCCGGUAUCUGUGCUGUCAAAGGAAAUUAUGUGUGCUUGUUCCCCAAGUAUUCUUUAUGCAGAUAAUAGACUUCUGUUCUUCCUAGAGUUUCUUUGAAGGCUGGGAUGCUUCAAAGAAGAAAGACAAGACCAAAGGGAGACAGGAUCACAUGCCAACCUGUGAGUGUCAGAGACAAAAGUUCUUUAAAAAAAAAAUCCACAAAGAAGGGAAAGGGAAAAAUCAAUCUCUUUCUUUCAUUUCGGAUGUUUGAACGCCCCAAAACUCUCCAGCGUCUGGAAAGUAUGCAUUUGGGUUGUGGUUUGCAGGCAUCCGAGGACUGUCAAAUGCACAGCAGAGGUUGCAUUUUGCUCCAAUCUGGGUUCAGUUUUGCAAAUGCAACCACUUCAUUAUAGCCUGCAGACUUCAGAUCUUUGCACCUCGGGGGGAUUCCAUUUAGUUUGAGACGUGUCAUUCCUUUGCCUGGAAUUAAAUAUGUCACACAAGUUGCUAGCGCAGGUUUUGUGGGCUGGAAAGUCAGUUGCAGCCAGAUAAAAUUCUGCCUGGCAGGAGGAAAGGGCUGGGAGCGUGACGUGACCUCAAAACUCUGAAGGGAAUAAAUACCGGUGCUCAGGUAGCAUUUAUUAACUGAGAGCAGUGUUGCAUAGCGAGUAGAGUGCCAAACUAGGACCCAUGAGUCUAGGAUUCAGGUUCACAUUCAGCCAGGAACCUUUGGCUAGUUAGUCUCUCUCAGUGCAACCUAACCUCGACAGGGUUGUUGUGCAGGGGGAAGUAACCCUAGUGAUGAAGUUUCAGUUAGUGUGGAAUAAUAUGGUAGCCUGGGCCACCCAUUUGAUUCUGUACCAAAUACAGGCUGUGAGGAACAAAGGAGGCUGCUUCAUACUGAGCCACUGGUCCAUGUAGCCAGGGGGUUCCAAAGUGUAUGUGCUGUCAUGCUAAAAGAUCUACCGUAUUUCUUACAAAGGCAGAGCAGGGAUUUUGUGGCACCCGUGACACUUGCCAGUUCUGCAGAUCAAAGCAGUCAACUAGGCAUAUAUAGUGUUCUUGAAGCUACCAGCAUGAGUUUGACUAAACUGCGCGAGGCAGUGGAAGACAGAAGUGCCUGGUGUGCUCUGGUCCAUGGGGUCACGAAGAGUCGGGCACGACUAAACGACUAAACAACAACGCAUAUAUAGGGUUAGGUGAUCUCACAGGUAAACUGGUGCCAGGGUUUAUAUUCUAACAGUUACACCUGGUGUGCUCUGUGGUGUGAUGAAGGGUCAGCAUUGGCAAAAUGUUCCUAGUGUAGUGUUGUUCAGGAUGCGCUGAAACUGCCCAUUGUUGUUUGCUGCCACCACUGAGUGAGUCAGCUGGGCCCAUCAAUGGAGAAGAGGCUACAUCAAAGGGCUCUUUCCCUCCCCCCCUUAAACCUCAAACCCGAGUGUGAUAGCAUUCCACUGCAACAUUUCAAAUACUUGUCAACUGUUCAAGAAGUCCGACACAUGGCUGCGUGGUGUGUCUGUCUGUUCGUCGGAGAAUGUAGAGUUUGGUGGUCGGGAGAGUUUUGGAAAGAGUUGAAUGAGUAACCGGGGACAUCCCCCUCCAUAGAACAGAGGGGGAAGCUGCAAUUCACUUGGAAUCUGUGCUGUAAAAUAACUCCGCUAAAGACUGGUUUGCCUCUGCAACACCAUCCUAGCCAACUAUUUUUACCGCUUCUAAUUAUAGCCUCCCGUUCUCUGCGUUUUGCAAAUUGAAAUUUCAUGUGAACAUGAUGACAAAAACGAGAGCUAAUUGUUCAAAACAGCAUAGUGGGAGCCAAACUCAGAUUCCACCCCGUUCCCCAACCAAACGUCACAAUCAGGUGGCAGGCAGGGCCAACCCACCUAUGAAGCAAGGUGAGGUGACUGCCUCAGGUGGCAGAAUCCACAGGGGCAGCAGACCUGAUGUAGAUCUUUAUUAUCCCGUGGUUCCUGAUGCAGAUCUUCACUGACCCCUUCUUCCUUGGCAGAGAGGGAGGGCGCCAUUUUGUGGUCUUCCUCAGGUGCCCAAAUGUCUUGGGCUGGACCUGAUCACUGGGCAGGUUCUGCUUAAGAAGCUCUGGGAAGUAAGCUGCCCAUUGACUGAACUCUGCACUGAGGCAGUUCCAUCUUUCUGCCCUACAUGGAGCAAAGCUGUCCGUCUCAUCCUAAUGUUGCCCUUUCCUCAACUCUGCUACCAUCAUGGUGCCAGUUGGUAUGCAGCAGAUGUCUUCUUCGGGUGGUGACAUGUGUUCUGGGUCACUGGUCUUCAACUGGUGGGUCAGGACCCAAAACUACAUCAUGGCCUGAUCUAAGGUGGGUCACAACAGCAGCACUACCAUCAUACAAAUAGAAGGUAAAAGUUAAUAAGUGGGUCCCCAGAAUGCAUAUGUGGGUUUAAGGUGAGUCUCAGGUCUGAGACUAGUACUCUAGGUAACAUCUGAUCCACCAUAUCUCAGGUAACCAUGAUUUUACAGUCAAAUGCAUUAAUUUUGUGGAGUUUGUUAAUGUAGAGACGAGAGAUUUAUUCAGAAUCAGUGUAGCUGGCUGGAAGUGUAAGAACUGAGGCUGAUGAAGAAGAGUUUGGAUUUUGAUAUCCCGCCUUUCACUCCCCUUCAGGAGUCUCAAAGCGGCUAACAUUCUCCUUUCCCUUCCUCCCCCACAAUAAACACUCUGUGAGGUGAGUGGGGCUGAGAGACUUCAAAGAAGUGUGACUGGCCGAAGGUCACCCAGCAGCUACAUGUGGAGGAGCGGAGAUGCGAACCCGGUUCCCCAGAUUACGAGACUACCGCUCUUAACCACUACACCACACUGGCUCAUCGCCAGUUGAUCAGUGAAUUGAUUAACAAAUGAAUGCAUGAAUUCAAUCAGAAUAAAUGGUGAUAUGAAUAUAGAACAGCCAUUUUGAAGGGGGAAAUGCAUUUUUCUUUUUUUCCCUUUUUUAAAUCAUUUUUAUUUGAUUUUACAAAUAUAAGGCAUUUUUCAUUUUUAGACGAAGUAUUCAUGCGUCUUGAGUAGAUACAUUUCCUCUAUUCCCAAUGUCCAGACUGUGAGUGCUGCUGUUUGUAGCGUCAAAAUGGCACCUCCCACCCCUAAGGUAUCACCAGGCUUGGGAAAACACAUAAGGUUUGCAAAAGUCUGGAAAUCUGGUGGUGAAACCAAAGCGGGGCCUCAAAAGCAGCACAAAGAGUUCUAAUGGGUUCAGUGUAUAAGGAAUGGUUGAGGAAGAGGAUGAAAAAGUAUAGUGAAGGGGGCUGGCAAUGGAAUAGCGUGGCUGGAUUUCUGAACAGGAGACCAUGCAUUGCAACCUCCAGCAAAAGUUGGUGGCAGGGCCGUCUUACCCAUAGGUGCUAGGGGUGCAGGGCACCUGGACGCCGGGCUCUCAAGGGUGCCAGGCCAAGAGUCUGGGGCCCGAGAGUUGAAUCCGGGGAAGAGCCCACCCAUCGGUCGGAGCGCCACGGCGGGCUCUUCUGCUGUGGGCGUGAGUUCGGGGGUGACCAAGCCAGCAAGACACUGAGGCGGCCAGCCGGCUCCGCCCUCCUGCAUGCAUGGGACUGGGCAACCUGGGGUGGGGGGCGCCGGGUGGAUCUUUGCACCUGGUGGGUCAGGACUCAAAACUACAUCAUGGUGCCGCAUAUGCUUAAGACAGCCCUGGUUGGUGGCAUGAGGUGGGUGGGGUGGCAUUGCUCACCUGGCUUCCCAACACAAAGCAUCCAUUUGAGUUGCCGAGAGGGAGAGGAGCAAAGGGGUAAGGAGCUUGGCAUGGCGCAAGCUCAGCAGUGAAGCCAAUCCAAUACUCCUGCCACUGUGCCUACACUGCACUCCCUGCUGCCUCCUCUUCUCAGUAACUAACAGCAACUCUGGGGAUUGGAAAGCAGGUGAGCAUCACCACCUCACCUGCAGCACUCCACUGACUGCUACUGCAAUAUCUUGUUUUAGAUCCCAUUUUUUUGUCAGAAGAGGCAUUCCCUCCUUUGCGAGAGAUAGGAGAAAGGAAAUGCUGCUUCGAAAGGGCAUCUGCUGCCCCAAAAUUUGCAAGUACAUCCCUCAAAAUAAUAAUGCAGGUUUUUUGUGUGGUUUUUUUUUUAAAUAGAAAAACUGCUGCCUGAUUAAUUGGAGAAGGCUUUUUAAAAGCUCAGUAGAUUUUUCAUUGCUUGAUCAAUUGUUUAAGCAUUGCAGCCCUAGUAUGCCUGUUCUUUAAAUCUACCUUAGAGCAAAGCCUUGAUCUCGGCUACAUUGUGGCAAACCUUGAGGAACCUCUCAGGUACCUAUUGUGGCUUUUGCAUGGAGGCUGGAGAAUUCAAUUAGUAAAGCUUUUGACAUUGUUCUGUGUGGCUGGGGAGCCAAAAGGCCUUGGAUUUAAAAAGAAAAGAGCAAAAGAAUGUGAAGCUUGAGGAUUCUGGCCAAACCCCACAGGCAGGCUGAGAUGUGGAGUAGCGCAAUAAUGGCUACGGGUUAGGAGAGAAGGACAUCUUUUCUGGAGUUGUGUGCCUGAUGAGCAGAGCUCAAUUAGCACCAAGGCAAAUUGCAAUUGUGGGUCACUGUAGGAAGAAUCAUGUGAUUGUUCAAGACUGCAGGAACUCAGAUGUAAUGUACAUCAUGCAGGAACUCUCUGUGCUGUACACCCAGGUUUCAGAGUCCUGGUAGAAUGACACCAGGGCUUGUAGCCCAUGUUUGAGUUGCACUGCUGGAGCCUGAUGUAGCCACUGUCCAGUAAGUGACUGGAAAUUUAAAAGGAAAAGCACCUUGAACUUAUGAAAUGGGGAGUCAGGAGAUUAAGGUCACCCAGUGGCUAUUCUGCCUGUCCUGGACUGAUAGUCCUAUCUGAUUUUGUUUCCAGAUGAUCGGCAUCGAGUUAAGCUCCAUCCACUUCUUGGGGACCCCAACUCAGACUAUAUCAACGCCAACUACAUUGAUGUAAGUGCAUCAGCACCCCUGACCUGUUUCCAUUGCCUUACCAGCAACCUUCUCUUCAGCAAAAUCUCAGUCUUGAGCUUUUUGUCUCAUAGAAACUUUCUUGGCUGUGUGAUCUAGAAUUCUCUUUGUCUUCCAUGUUUUCCCUGUGUCUCUCUCACACAUGCACCCUAGGGAGCUCCACACUUCAUGCAGCCUGAUGUUACAUCUGCCUUUAAGAAUGCUCUUCGGUUCCUGAGGAAAAUGCUAGCUUUCCCUUUCCCUGUUGCUCCAAGAAUGGAACAUGAUGGUACAGCAGUAGAUCAGCAUAGGGUUAGAUAUAUGUGAAGGACCAUAUGCACUCUCCUUCAAGAAUGGGGAGCCUGUAUCUCUCCAGAUGUUGUUGCACUACAGCUCCCAUUAGCCUCCGUGACUAUGGCCAAUGGUCAGGGAUGAUGGGAGUUGUAUUCCCUCCCACCAACACAUACCAAAUAAGGACAAACAUAAAUUUCCCAUCCUUUAACAAUCCAUGUUAUGUCUAGAGAUGGGCAUGUUUCCUAAAAAUUAUUCAAGUUCUUCCAGGAAAAGAAAGGAGGAGUAAUUUUUCUGAGACAGUCCAAAUAUAGAUGCCAGUGACCCAAGUGAACUGUAAGCUAUAAUAAACAGCACAUGCUCCAAUACCAGAAUCGAUUUUAGAAAUUACCCCAAUUAAACCAAAAUUAAGACAAACUAGAAUGCAGCACAGACCAAAUUCAUGGAACAAUAAAGGAACAGAACAAGAGAAACCCAUUUGUCCCCCCAACUGUGAAUAAAUGAUGUAAAAAUGUACAUUGAAAUAAAUGCAAGAUUGUGUGUGUUGAGUCAAUAACUGUAAAACUAUAAAGUGAAGAUACACACAAUAUGUGAAAUAUAAUGCUGUCUGUCCACUGAUAGAAGGAGCCCAUCAACAGAAUGAGGGAGGGAGGUAAUUUUUAAUGAUUUCACCCUACCGCUACCUCCAUACUCCCUACUAAAUCUGCUCUAGGUUUCCCAGCCCUCCAGUCAGGCUCCCGUGAUGAGGAAGAAUUGCCAGCAAUGGUCUCCCUCCUCUGUUCCACUGGCACACAACCUAGAUACCCUAUAAUACAGAGCAACUAUGAGCAACUAAAACUUUUAUUUAGCAUGUAUUACAGUGGUCUGCAUGGUGGCAAUAUGAAUUUCAUCAAAUGCUUGCUGGAGGCUCGCACCUGAACUGUUACAAAUACAGUCUAUGUCCAUAUUAUGGCCAUCCACUAACACAUGUUUUCAGAAACAGAAUAGGGACAAUAUAAUAUUAUAAGUGAUCUCUAAAUCCCUCCACAAGUGUAAAGCCUCUGAAACUAUCUGCCCUAGAGCUGAAACUAAUUUCCUUCCAAAGCGUCUCAGAAGUUUUCUUCUGCAAAUUUUGACAUCAAACAUGCACUGAAUAGUUGAAGACUUGCCAGUAGUUUAUGAUACCUAUAGCUGACAUUGAGUCACAUUUGUUUUCAGUAUUGGACUUGAUAUUUUACUUUGGUAGUUAAUAUAUGAUGGUAUUUUAUAGCUGACAAGCAAUGACAUCUACCACAUUUGACAAUUGAUGGCUUAUCUAAUUUUUGGACACCUGCCUAAAUCAAAAGAUGCCAGAAUGUUGAAAACACUCAAAUCUCAAAUGCCACAUUCAAAAUUGAAAUUUGAAUUUCAGAUUCAAAAUUUGGCAAACCAACCAAUGGAGAAUUUCUGCCAAAUUUCUAAUAUUUGUGAAUCUUUAUUUCAGCUCUAGACUCGUCAUGGCUGUCUAGAUUGUUUAAGUGAGGCAAAAGAAACCAGAUCCAAUCCCAGUGUCCUUUGCUGCUGCUCCUUCUCUGCUCAUCUAUGUUGCUGUCUAAUGUACUCCCUCUACUAAACAGUCUGGUCUUCCUCAGAUUGUGUCUCACUAAUCUGUCUGUCUCUGAUCUCUUUUUCUCUUGAACCUGUGUCCGAUUGGGCUUGCUAAGAUUCGGAUAAACCGAGAAGUAAGUAUAUGUCGAGUCCCUCUCCUCUAUUCCAUCUUUCUUCCAUUUAGAAGUCCUUAAAUAUAUAUCCAGGGGUGGAGAAUGUGGUUGGGGGCACACAAGGUGGUUCCCUCUACUUCAGGUGUUUGCCACUCCCCCCAGAUGGUGCCUAACAACAACUCCCAUCAUCCCUGGCUAUUGAUUACACUUGCUGGGACUGAUGGGAGUUGUCAUUCAGCAACAUCUACAGGACCAAAGCUUCCCUGCACCUACUUUAACUCACACCAUCUUCAAAUAUCUGAAGGACUGCCACAUGUAUUAUAAUGGUUUGCAUGGUGGCACAGAUGAUGUGGACUUAAUCAAUGUUUGCUGAGGGCUCAUGCUUGAACUGUAAGCAUCCAGAGACUAUUAGCAGGGAGGGAGCUUUUCCAAGCUGGAGAACAUCCCCUUCUGGUUAGAUGAUUGAACAUGGGUAUAUAUUAGGUCCUUUGCAGAACUGAUGACUUCACAUAUAAAAUGCAAAAUGAGAGCGUAGGUGGCCCCACAGGGAGCCUCGUGUUUAGCUUUCAAGCCAACCUGCUGUGUUAUUGGUUACUGGCGCUGUUACAUCUUUCUCUGCUCUUUGGGCCACUGCUCCCCCAUUAGGAGUUACUAAUGCGUGCAGUAAGUGGCUUGGAUGAAUGAAGGUGUUCACAAUCAUUACUCAGGACCACAUGACUUCUGUGAACAGCAAGGCUGCAAACAGGGCUCUUGUGCUGCUCUCAGUUCCUUGCUGCUUGUGGACAUUAAUCAAGGCUGCCUUCGUGUACUGGGAAGCACUUGUAGGCUGCUGUUACCCUCAAGGUGACCCAUGCUCAGGCUGAAUCCCAGUCUCCUGUGUUUGGCCUUGUGUGCACUGUAUGAUGGUGCCAGGGGUAGGUGGUGGUGGUGGGGAACACCAGUUAUGUUCAGACAACUGGAUUGAAGUGAGGGGCAGUUGGGUUCACACAUGCAAGCUCCACUUCAGAAACCACCCUGUUUUGAGCAGGAAGGUCUGAAUGAGGAUCUAAGCAUGUUCAGGCUAACAUGCAUAUAAUCCUCUCCGUGUGUUAGAGAAUAGCUGUAGCUCAGGUAGAACGUCUGCUUUGCAUGCCAAAGGUCCCAGGUUCCAUACCUGGCAUCUCCAGGUAGGGCUGGGAGAGAACCCUAGUUGGCACCCUGGAGAGCCUCUGCCAGUCAGUGUAGAUGGCACUAAACUAGCUGGACCGGUGGUCUGGCUUAGAAUAAGGUGGCUUCCUGUGGUCUUGUGCAUGCCUUCCAUUGAUCAGGAACUGUGCCUUAUCAGGGUUCCAGGUGGCAAGGAGAAUUAUAAAUGUGUUCAGCUGAAUGUGUUUAGAAUUCCCUUUUCAGACCUUCCAGAUGACCAUGGGAAGCCUGCAAACAGGGCAUGAACGCAACAGCACACUUUCCCAGCCACUGACACCCAGAGGCAGAUUGACUCCUACACUGGAGAUAGAACAUAGCUAUCAUGGCUUAUAGUCAAUGAUAGAUUUCCCCUUCACAAAUUUGUAUAAUCCUCUGUGAAAGCAAUCCAAGUUGGUGACCAUCACUACCUGUUAUGGUAGUGAGUUCCUGAGUUUAACUGUACACUGUGGGAAGAAGUGCUUUAUUUUGUCUGUCCUGAAUCCUCCAAACACUCCGCUUUCUUUGAUAGCCCUGGGUUCCAGUAUUACAAGAGAAGGAGAAAAAGACCUCUCUCUGUCCACUUUCUCCACAUCACCCCUAAUACCAUGCCAUGUAUCUUGCUCUGCCUUACUAGCCUUGUUUCUAAACUUACAUGCCCCAAAUGGCAUGACCUUUUCUUGAAGAAGAAAUGCAUCCUUGUUGCCUUAGCAACAGCAUCUCACUGCCCAUUUGGAGUGAGGACAGUGAGAGAUCUGUAUUUGCCCUCAGUGGCAUCAUAGUACUUUAAAUGUGUGGUUUGAACGUGGUCUUGGUCCAAAGCAUGCAGGAUCUAGGCAGGAAACUGGGAUGUAGGCACUGUGGAAGGGCUUUAGUGGAUAUUUUGGUUGAGUGGCUUUGCUUUCAGAGGGACCCUGGCUGAGGAUCCAGUUGGACAUCCUCUAACCAACUUUGGAAGUUUGUUGGGGCUUUGGCAUGUGUGGUAUAAGGGAUAGCAAAAGGGGACUGGUUAAGUCAGCUUUAAGAGGAGCAGAUUUUGGGACCAAUGUUGCUGGCGGCGUUCCAUGCAAAUGCAGGAAGUAUUUCCACAAUUCCCUCCCUACCAUAGGAACAUAACACACUGUCUUAUUCCUUCACAGGGUUACCACAGAUCCAACCACUUCAUAGCCACUCAAGGUAAAUCAUUCUUAUCAUCUUCUUCCUCUUUCACAUUGCAGAAUUCUUGCCCUCCUGCACCACUUGGGCUUGUUUUGGAGAAUAAUGAUGGUGAUGCUAAUAAUAAUAAUAAUAAUAAUAAUAAUAAUAAUAAUAAUAAUAGUGGUAGUAGUAUUUGAGCAUGUAAAGUUUUUCUCCAGGGAGAAAACUGCAGGGCAGAAGACCUAAGCCUGUCUCCCACACAUGCACACGCACAAUGUCCCAAGCACAAUCAGAAUCGCUCCUUUAUCCAUGAUUGCUAUUAUUAAAAAAUAAUAAUCACAGGAAAUCAUUAAAAAUGAUGGCUCUCCCAUGACAUCUUUUUUAAUGGUCCUGAGCAUGUGGGCAGCAGGGACCCAGAAAAAAGCAACAGUGCAAAACUGAGUGGGGGUUGACAUAUUCAAUCCCUGGACCACCCUUGGUUUAAUUAUUGUGAUGAUUAAUUAAAAUGAUAUCCUGUCUUUCCUCCCAAAGGAGCCCAGGUGCUGUGUAUAUGUGCCCCCCCCCAAUCUCUCCAUCAUUGGUGGACUCGUGGGGAUUAGCAGAUCCUCCUUCAUCUUGAAGGUGAUGGAAUGUGUGGAUUCAGCCAGCCCAACACAUUAAUUUAUGCCAAUUCAAGAUGUUCAUUUUACUAAACAAUUUAGACCCCAAAUAUCUGAAAGGGGACACUUUUGGUAGUCCUCAGAAGUUUGGGAUGGAGGUGUCUUGGGAGAGGGCUUCCUCUGUGGCAUUCCACUGUGGAAUUCCCACCCCUCAAAGAGGCAUCUGUGACCACCAUUGUAUCAUUCUCCCCAUUCAUUGAAGACACACCUCUUUACUUGGCUUUUGACACAUGAGACUUAUUUUUAAGUUCCGCUACUCCCUGGUGCAGUUUUUCAUGUACAGUACAUUGUUCCAACUGCUUUUUAAUACUGUAAUAUUGUACUGCUGUAACUCACCUCUGAGAUUUUUGUGGUAGAGGGUGGCCAGGAAAUACCUGAAACAAAUCAAUAGCCACCUUAUUUUUGCACAUGACGUCCUUUAGCAGUCUCUGUGGUUGCUUAGUUCUCUUCCAUCUCAAUGCUCCAGGCCCCAAACAGGAGAUGAUCUAUGAUUUCUGGCGGAUGGUGUGGCAGGAGCACUGUUCUAGCAUAGUGAUGAUAACCAAGCUGGUUGAAGUGGGAAGGGUAAGAGACUCCUUCUGUUCUCCUCUCCCCACGCUGUGGGUUCCAGAGGGGUGUGCUUUAUUAGCCCUGACCCCUCACCCUACCCUUAGACACACAGAUGAUUUUAUUUUGCUAUUGCAGGUCAAGUGCUCCAAAUACUGGCCAGAUGACUCAGAGAUGUAUGGCGACAUCAAAAUUACCCAGGUGAAGUCGGAGACAUUGGCGGAAUAUGUUGUGAGGACGUUCACUCUGGAGAGGGUAAGCUCUUCAAGCUUCAAAGCUCAGCACAGUCCUGUCUGUGGAAGCAUUGCUCUUAACCCAAAAGCUGGUACAUUGGCCAUGAUCUUCCAGCAGCAACAGGUGGCAGAGAUGUGUUUCACUGAGGCUUCCAUCGCUGGCAAAAAGGUCUGCAGGCUAGGAAGACUGCAGGUGGGCUCCUAUAGAACUAAACAAUAGCAACCACUGAGCAUUGAGAAGCCAUUUUCACUAUCAGGACUCCUUCCGGGAGGCUAUGUGUGUGUGUGGGGGGGUCAUCUUUCUCUUCUCAACUUAGACACCCUCAGACCUUGCUAUUCUGCCCACCCAUACUGGUUCCUGGAGUAAUGUGCAAUGCUCAUGUGCAAAGCCUAUGGUUAGGGUGAGGAACCUGUGGCCCUUCAGAUUCUGUGGACCCCAACUGCUAAACCCCCACCUUCAGCCUUGCCAAUAGUCAUGAAUGAUGGGAGUUGUAGCCGCAUGACAUCUGUGUCUAAAGCAGUCUCCCGCAACCUGUUGCCCUCCAUGUGUUUGGUACUAGAAUGUCCAUCAGCCUCAGCCAGGAUUGUCAAUGAUCAGUGCUGAUGGUGUCCCAAUACCAUGCAGGGCUGCAGGUCCCCCAAUUUCUGGCCUACCAUAUUAUUUUGAUGGAUAGUUUAGGGCUGAGCAGAAACAGACCUUCUGAAAUGCUUCAUCCUAUUUGCAAACCAUAAAAUUGGAAUGGCCCAUGCCCAUUCACUGAAUAUUCUGGGAUGGGAAGGAAUUUUCUAACAGUCUGGAGAGGGUUUUUAAAAAUCACAACACAUUUUCUUCUUAUUUUGGCUAUGAAUACUGAAAUAUAAGAUAUUGAUAGUUUGUGCUGGUUGAUGAAGGGAGCAGUGGGUUAAAAGAAGAGUGAGCAAAAUCACUGCUUCCUACAAAAUGUUAAACUAUCUGUCUAUCUCUAUCAUCUAUAUCUAUCUAUCUAUCUAUCUAUCUAUCUAUCUAUCAUCUAUCUAUCAUCUAUCUAUCAUCUUCACAGUUGAGCUUGAAAUUCCUCUACUCUACUCACAGGCAGCAAAAUGGGUGGAGCAAUUUGAGUGGAGUUGGAAAAAAGAAAUUUCCUUCCUUCCUUCCUUCCUUCCUUCCUUCCUUCCUUCCUUCCUUCCUUCCUUCCGUUGGCUUACCUUUAGAUUUCUACAUAGUCAGAAAGCACCAUGUUUAGGCUGUUAAUCCACAAAAGCAAAUGGUAUUACCCCCCAAAAGCAGGGGUGCCAACUAUAGGGAGUGGAAGCGGCUUCGGCCCCCUCAAUAUUUGUGGGGGGUGAGCCCCACUCCCAAUAUUGAGGGGGCCGCCAUCCCCCACUGCUGCUGGUGAGUGCUCACGCACUGGGCUGGACACAUCAUGUGACGACCAGCCCCCUCAAUGUGGUAAGCAAGUCAGUGUCCCAAAGGUAGAGCUUUUCUGGUGUAUUAGUUCAGAUCCUAAGAUUAUUGUGCAUUGUUGUCCUCACUGAUUUGACAUACAACAUCAAUUUCUCUAGCAAUCAGUUAUAGGCACACUUGUGUACACAACUUUUCUACCCACUCUGUUUUCUUUUCUUUUCUUCUUUUUAAAUGCUAUUUCGAAAGUAGCAGGGAAAGGCAUUAGGUACACAUCGUUCCCCAUCAUUACACAUUCUUAUGAAGUGCUGACCUUCUUCCCAGGUCAUAGAUCAAAGUGCUGAUCAGCUUCCUGUGCCCCAGCCUGGUGUCUUCCAGAGAUUGUUGGUCUACAUCUCCCACCACCCCUGAUCAUUGGCCAUGCUGGCUGAGACUGAUGGGACUUAUAGUUCAAAACAUCUGGAUGCACCAGUCUGGGAAAUGCUGACAUAAAGAAUCCAGUUUUUUAAACGGCUCAACAGACCAGGCUUAACAUGCAAGAACUUGUUCAUCACCAAAUGGCUUUCUGUCUCUGCCUCUCCCUUUUGCAUCUGCCAUAACUCUUUGGCACAAUGUUGCUAUAUUUGGGACACUUGUUUGCAACUGCAGCUCUGUGACUUUCACUCCCCAAAAUGAGAAUCGGGGAUGUGCAUCAUAUCCUUAGACACUGAGGGUAGAAAGAACCAAGAAGGAAGAGUAGUUUGUUUAUUGACUUUGUAUCCUUUAUAGCUCUCCUGGAGCCUGGCACAGCAAACCACAAAAGAGGACCAUUUAAAAGAAAAGAAAAGCAUCUUUAAGACAUUUCAAAACAAUUUUUUCUAAAUGUACAGUGUUUAGAAACAAUCACAUACCCUCACAGUUAUUAAUGUAUUAGUUUCUUAUGAGCCAUCAAAUGCCUAGGUAAACAGGAAUAUUUCAACAUUCCUUCUGAAAGUCAAUAAUGAGGGAGGCAGAUGCACCUCGCCAGGAAGGGAAUUCCACAAACAGGGAACCACCAGCAAGAAGGCACUGUCACAGGUCAACAUCACGUUGGCUUAAAGACUCCUUGAAAGUCCACUUUCAUAUUGUGCUGCAUGUGUGAUGUAAACAAACACAAAUAGGUGGUUUCCUUUGAUGAAGAAGAUGGAAACAUGGUGACAUUAUCUGGAAAUGUUUUCUUUGAAGAAAAAAAUUGUAACCUGGACCUGGAGAUGCUGCUACUUGAUGCAUCUUCCUUUAUAGACUCUGUGUUGUGUACAAUUUUGACUUUAGAAUGCAAGGUGUUAAAAUCUGGAACUGGAUUUCAGGGGGAUGGGAGCAAAGUUACUAGAAUGUUUCAGGGUGGACUUUACCUUUACCUCUGCUGGCAGUGAAAAUAGUGUCUUGUAGGUAGGUAGGUUAGUUAGUUUUUUGAGAUCUAAAGCCGCAGAGCCACAAAGAACCUGAGGGAGUUCAUGAUUCACCUCAGCACAUCUUGUUAUGCUGUGAUCCAAAUUCAGGAUUUUCUUAUUCAUAAGAAUAUUUAUAAGGUGGCAACUGAUAAAAAAAGUGCCAAGGUAGUGCACAAUGAAGUCAGGAAAACAUAUUAGAGCUAUAAAAUCAUAACAUUAUAAAACCACAAAGAACAGAACAAAUGGCCAAUACUGAAUCAAAUAAUUCUUUAAAAACACUUGGCAAAGCAAGUACUUUCCCGGAAGGUGGGAACCGUCCUGAAAUUGCCUUGUAAUUCAGAGUACGCACAGAACCAGUGCACAUACCUAGUAUUUGUGUGUAGCCAUUUCCUAGCCUGGGAGACUUUUGUCUUUUUUCAGUCUUCUCUUUUGGAACCCAAACCCUCUGCUCACCUUGACAUCCCCCUUUCGCCAACCACGCUUAGUGCUCAGAAUUCCUCCAUCUGAAUCUUCCUUGUUUAUAUGCACUCUUUAGGUACUCCAUUGAAGGAUGUUCUCUCAGUAAAUAGUGCCGCAGAACAGCCCUUUAUUUACGUGGUCAUUCUUGAUGGUUUAAUUUCAGGCUAAGCGCCAUGUAAUUGCACAGGGAAUGGACAAUUAUUUCUGUCUUCUAGACAGGAGCUGAAAGCUUCGUGGCAAUUAUUGAGCAGUUCUACUGUAUCUCGAGACAUCCGCAACUGUAAUUCACCCCCCCUCGCCCUGUAAUCUAGAGGAACGUUAAAUCACAACCUUGUUACAAGUAAAGUACCCGAGUUCUGUCGGGAACUGGUUGCCUUGUAAUCGUUCCAAGGCAUUCGCCGCAGCUCCAGUUUCAGGGAGAAGGACCACUUAAUCAGUGGCCUGGGAUUUCUCCACCAAAAAAGAGGACGGAACCUCCUAGCCAGUGUAUUAAAUCGUGAUACCAGCUCAGCCAAGCUUAACAAAGAUGCAAUAUCACACUAUGAUGAGUGAUUUAGUGUGAAAGGAGAUGUAGCCUCAAAAGGAGAGAGGACAGCAUGACCUCCAGUCAUGGGGUAAUCCUGUGAAUAUGGGAUAGAUGAAUGUGUCAAUGUUGGUUUCUCUACGUUUGUCAUUUUCUCAAAGCAUAAGUUCAGUUCGCAAUGUUUGCACAUCAGCCUGCAGUUAUUAUUUGCUUGUUAAAACGAUCUCACUUCGUCAGACUUUUAGCACUUGUUGUUCCUACUUUUGCAUUCCGUUUUGUCUAGUCUACACAUUUCUGGAAAGCAAUUCCUCCCUAGCAAUCUUUGCAUGUUAUUUCCACUGAUAUAGAUAUUUUUGUAUGCAGUGUACACAUGCAACGUUUCUAACGGCAUCACAAAAAUUCAGAGAAGUAUCCAUUCUGAAGGAUAGACGCAGUUCAGUCUGCGUAUUUGUGGGAGAGGAAAGUGUGACUUAAGGGGGGUUUGCAUGAAAAUUUUGAACGGAAUCAAAGCUUCCUGGUUCUACUGGGAGGGCAGCAACAUGGGAAAUGCACAAACCUUUUCUGAGAUGAAUCUGCCAAAGUGAAGUCGUGGCACCUGGGUGGGAAUUUUGAUCAGGCAGCAAUCCUGCCGUUAGAGCUGCUUCAUGUCAGAAACCACUGUGUUUAUGCUCUUAUCUCAUGCUGCCUGUAAUCAUCAGCAAAAUCUAGCACCUGUAAUUGCUUUCCACUUGGCAUCAUGCCACAUCGAAAUCUAGAGAAUUCCCAACAGCUUCUCCUACAUCAAUACUUAGAUGUUCUGGGUACGUAGCAAGAGUUCUGGUAAAUACAAGAGGUCCCCAUCGGUGUUGGCAUUCUGCCGGCUGUUGAAGAUGCACCUGUUUAGACAAGUAUUCCCCUGAACUUGAACUUUCCUGAUUUGUUUGUUUAAAUUGCUCUUCAAAUUGGUUUAACUGUUACGCUUUUUAACAGGAUUGUUUUGUUGUGCUUUUUAAAAUUAUGGAUGUUUUUAACAUGUUGAUGGGAUUGUUUUGUUUUAGUUAUGUAUGAAUCACAUCAUUGAUUAUUAACUUGUAAGCAGCUUAGAAACCACUCAGGUGUGUAAGCAGUAUAUUAAUGAAUGAAUUAAUAUUAGGUGAGCAUCCAAGGUCAACUUAAUUUUGAGUGUGAUAGCUGCUUGUUGCAGUGGUUAACAUCUUUCAUGGUGAACUUUAUUAUUUCCUCCAAUUUUGAGAAAAUGCAAAUUCCAGGCUGCUGGAUCCUGUUCAAUAACCUUCUGUUUAAUAACAAAAAAAAAAUCCCUCUAUAAUUGAGGAACCCUUUUUCCUUAUGUGUUCAUAAACUGUAAUGAAGUCAUGCUUCUGCAGCAAACCAUAUAUAAAUGGUGUGUCAUGUUCAGAAUUUGUUUUAAAGGGUUAGAUUUUAAUAUUUAUUUUACCUACUUAUUUAUUUCAUUUAUAUGGAAGAGCUCAAGACAGUUUACAUGGUUGGCCCCUCCUCAUUUUGUCCUCACAACAAUCCUGUGAGGUAGGUUAGGUUGAGAGAAAGUGAUUUUCGCUGGUCACCCAGUGAAAUUCAUGGCUGAGUGGGGAUUUGAACCCUAGUUCUAGUCCAACACUCUAGUCAUUAUACCACACUGCCACUUUUCUAACAACAAAGUUGAGCUCAGAGAAGCUAAUAAUGAUAAUAAUAAACCUUGGCAAAAAAAAAUAAUCAAUAUAAUCAAUCAAACAGACAAACAAACAAACAAACAAACAAACACCAUGGUAAAUAAGCAAAGCAAGAACAAACAACUCAAGGAACAAUGCAGUUCAACAAAAACCCAUAAUAAUGUUAAAAAUAGUGAUUCCUAAUGGUUAAUUAGAGGUGGAAUUGGGUGACCUGCCCUCAAAAGAUGUGCUCACCCCAUAUUGCUGUUGUGAUUUUAUGUGAUAUUGGCUGGUCUUAUUGAUCAGGAUAUUUUUAUUGCGGCCCAUUUUGAGAUUUAUUUUUAAAUGAAGAGCAGGCUAUAAAUUUCUCUAAGGAAUAAUGUAAUGCAUUGAUAGCACUUUUAAACACAAGGCCAGGCAGUUGGGGACUCCGGAAUGCAGCAAAGGAAUUGGGAUGAUGAGAAUUUUGGAAGCACCUUUAAUGUUAACCUCCACCUUCCUGUGGAAACGUCCAGUGCCCAAUUUACAUAUAAGCUAAACAAGCUAUAACUUAGGGCCCCACUCUCUUGGGGGCCCCCAAAAAAAUCAAAGGAAAAAAACCUGGAUGUACAUUUCCAAAAUAUAAGAUAAAAAAACAAAUAAAAUAAAACCUACAUACAGCAACAGUGUUUGUCUUGUGUAGGCUCCUAUGAUGUAAGUAAUGGGCCCCGUCUGCUGGCCUGCUCCCUAUCACUGGUUUGCUCAUUCUGCAUGGACUGUUUGCAUAAAUUACCAUAUAUUCAACACAAAAAACAGCGACAAUUUGUUGUUGACAAAGGACAGCUGGACAUAUAAAGGGCCCCAUGACCUUCAGUAGCUUAGGGCCUCAUCAGACCUAAAUCCGGCCCUGGAAACAUCUGUAGGGCUAACCCUACUUUCUCUCUCCCUGCCCUCACCUCCUCCUUACAGAGGGGCUACUCAGCAAGGCAUGAAGUAAAGCAGUUCCACUUCACAUCAUGGCCAGAACAUGGGGUGCCUUACCAUGCAACCGGGCUCCUGGCAUUCAUCCGCAGAGUGAAGGCCUCCACGCCUCCCGAUGCAGGACCCAUCGUUAUUCAUUGCAGGUAAGUUCAAUACUAGGGACGCAAGAAGGCAUCAUUCUCCAUGUCACACGCAAGACUGUUUCUCUUCCUCUAGCGGUUCAUCUUCUGCCCUAAACCACAUUGUUCAUAUUGAUGUCCACUGUGGCAAAUUUGCAUGCCUUAUGUCAUUAUACAUACUUAAUCGCAUAAAUUGCAUGAAAUAUACAGUGGUACCUCGGGUUACAGAUGCUUCAGGUUACAGACUCCGUUAACCCAGAAAUAGUACCUCGGGUUAAGAACUUUGUUUCAGGAUGAGAACAUAAAUUGCGCAGCAGCGGCGUGGCAGCAGCGGAAGGCCCCAUUAGCUAAAGUGGUGCUUUCGGUUAAGAACAGUUUCAGGUUAAGAACGGACCUCCAGAACGAAUUAAGUUCUUAACCAGAGGUACCACUGUAUUGCCAUUAUGUUAAUCCACCCAAUUCAUUUCAAUUUAAAGGAAACACAAUGGGAUGGGAAGCCAUAAUCAAUUCCGUAUUGUUUGUGGACUGAAAGCAACAAUAGCAAGUACUGAUCGUAUUCACUGGAUUGAUUUUUGCUCUGGAUGUGGAAGGAAUAAGCAUUUUCCUCAUCCAUUGCUGUUUUUGUUGGAAUUCCCCAACGUCCCUGAUCAAGACAAUUAGGAGCAACCAUUAGUUUUUGCCUAAUGCACAUAGAGCCUUUUGUAAUAUAACUUGUAAAAAUAUACAUUAUGUUCAAUAAUGAGAGCACGAGGAGAGAAUAAUGAUCCUCAUGAUGAAUAGGGUCCUCAGCUCAUGGUUGAAAAAAGUCAGUGAAGAAUUGGGGCAUUAUCUGCAAAUUAGUAGUAAGGAGAUAUCACAGAAAAUGAUGACUUUUGUCUUGGAAGCAGUGAAAUGUCAUCACAAUUAAAAGAAUGCCCAGCUGUGUGAUUCUAUGGAUAAUUGUGGGAGUUUUGAUAUAGAGUCCUUUGCUUAGAUCACAUCAUCCAGUUUCUGUAUCAUACUUUAAAGAUCAGUGAAAUACAAAAUUGGCUUUAUUGCUGGGAGUGGUGGUGGAGACAGCUGAGGCAGGUAAAGAAACCAGUGUUUUAUGGCUUGGGCUUUGGAGCUUAAUGUCCCAGUAACCAUUAUCAAAGGUUAGCCCAGACACUGAGGUCCUCCUCUGAUGGUCUUCUGCUGCUUCCCUCAUGGCAAGAAGCAAAGUUACAGGGAACUAGGCAGAGGGCCUUCUUGAUACUGGCACCCUCACUGUGGAAUACACUCCCUUCAGGUGUCAAGGAGAUAAAGAACUAUACAACUUAUAGAAAACAUCUGAAGCUCUGUAUUGGGAAGUUUUUAAUGUUUGAUGUUUUAUUAUAUUUUAUAUAUUCUGUAAGCUGCCAAGAGUGGCUGGGGAAACCCAACCAGAUAGGAUUAUUAUUAUUAUUAUUAUUUAGGAAGCUGGUCCACUAUUUGUCCACUAGCUCAAUUUUGCAUGUUUUGGACUGGCAGCGGCUUCCCAGUAUCUCAAAUUGAGGUCUUUCCCAUCGCAUGCUACCUGGUCCCAAAUCACACAGUGACUGGCCCAAAAUCACACCCAACGAACUUCAUGGCUAAGUGGGGGAUUCAAACCCCAGUCUUCCAGGUCAUAAUCUGGCUCUACUCUAACUGCUAGACCACGCUGCCAUCCUCACAGUUACAUGGCCUGCAUGGCUACAUUGGCUGUUCUGCUGAGACGGUGGAAGACCAUGAAUGUUGCACUCCUGGUCUUACACCUGCUCUUCUUCUUCUUUUGCUUGCAAAGCAGCCCCAUGCUAGCACAGAACACAGCAGCAACGCUGUUCCUUGUCGUUCUUUAUAACUUCUGCAUUCUGUGCUCUUUCUGUGCUAGAUAAACAAGAAAGGACUGAUGAAUGAAAGCUGGGGAAUUUCUCCUCAUCACCACUUUUCUCCCUCUCUCUCUCUCUCGUCGAUUGCUUCAUAAGUAUUCAUUCAUCAGGGACAACCAGUAUAAUUAGUUUCCCCAGCCUGUAAUCAUUGAUAAUCACAGCAAGUGAUUCAUCUGCCCCAGAAAUUAGUAUAUAUACUAAGAAGGUCCAAUGGAAAGGAGAAGUGGCUUCCCUUUGCGGCAUUUGGAAUUUUGCUGGGGCUUGGAUGGGUGGAUCUUUGUUCAAGAGGAAAUCUGUGGGGUCAGCUCUGUGCUACAGGCAAGCUUUCCCUAAGAAACAACAAUCUGUCAUGAAUCUGCUUCUCUCGGCAUGUGUGUGAGCGAGCUGGUUUUGUCUAAAGCAGGUCUGUGAAGGGACCUUGGCAGAAACCUUCUGGCUGCCGUUGCAGGAAUAUAUCGAUGAAUGAGAUGUUGGCUGUGUUCAUGCAUAGUGCUAAACCAUAGUUGAACAUUAUGUCCUUGCAUGCUUUCCCUUCCUCUCUCUUCCUCUGGUGCAGCUGUGAAGAAGGUUUGGUUAGGUUUAUUGUUUAUUAUUAUUAUUAUUAUUAUUAUUAUUAUUAAACUUAUACACCGCCUUAUACCCAGAGGUCUCAGGGCGGUUCACAACAAAACCACAACAUAUAAAAUCAAACCAAAAGCAGUAACCCAAUAACCACCACCCCCGCAAAAAAAUAGCCACGUUCUAAAAGGAUGUCAAUAAGAUAAACUAAAGGCCUGGUUAAAAAGGAACAUUUUUGCCUGGUGCCUAAAGGUGUAUAAUGAAGGUGCCAGGCGAACUUCCCUGGGGAGAGCAUUCCAUAGAUGGGGAGCCACUGCAGAGAAGGCCCGUUCUUGUGUUGCCACCCUCUGAGCCUCUCAAUGGAGGAGGAGGCACACAGUUUGUCUUAAUCAACCACCUUCAGCUAGUGCUUAAUGGACAUAUCACAUCUAGAUAAUAAUAGCAAUAGUUAACGAUAGAUCCUAGCUGAGAGACAAUGGUAAACUGUGGUUAGUUGAAAAUGGAACCAAAUGCCCCCCAGUCUCCCUUUGGAGGAGGAGAGUGGGAUGGGGGAGUCUUGUGCAGCUAACACUAACCUGGUUUAGCUGUGCGUACCAUUAAAACAUGGUUUAACUAAUUUAGCACUUCAUGUGAACCUGACCUUUGCCCUGCAUUUCAGAAACCCCAGGCUACAUAGAAUUGUGGUUAGCAAAUGAUCAAGAUGAAAACACAACUAAUAACAGACCCCACUCUCAUGCAUUAAAACCAACUUUUGACCCAUGAAUUAAAAUAGGGUGAGGAUUGAAACCCAGUUGUUUCCUGUACUAUUCAACACACUAACCACCACACCACACUGGAUCCCAGCACUACUCUCUCUCAAAAACCAUAAAAAAGCUACAAAGAAGGGUUGGAAAGCUUGGAUAAAUUCUAUUUGUCUGUUGUUUAAAGAAAAGUAGGUAUUGAUUAAAAACAAAACAAGACCCACAACAUUAAAAUAUAAUCACAUCCAAGAACUAAAAUACAUUUUAAGAAACCCACUUUUCAGGUGGUUAGCCUUGACUCCCCAAAGCCUGCUGUAGCAAAUGGGUCUUUCAAUAAAAGAUGUGCUCAGGCUUGGACUUAGUUGAGUUUCUAAAGGCCAAGACUUCUAUCACGGGGAGACAGCCGUCAAGAAUGCAUCUUUGCCUUUAGCAUUCUAAUUCAUUGGAGAAGUGAAGGAACAUAUGGAAGAAGUUAGGCCAGCCUUUCCCAACAUGGUAUAUUAGGAACAGAGGAAGAUGCCUCAUACUGAGCCAAACACAUUGGUCCAUCAGGCUUCCUCAACCUCGGCCCUCCAGAUGUUUUUGGCCUACAACUCCCAUGAUCCCUAUCUAGCAGGACCAGUGGUCAGGGAUGAUGGGAAUUGUAGUCUCAAAACAUCUGGAAGGCCGAGGUUGAGGAAGCCUGAGUCUACAUUGACUGGCAGCAAGUCUCCAGGGUUUCAGAUUGGAAAUCUCUCCCACCCCUACCAGAAGAUGUUGGGAACUGGGUGUGGGACUUUCUGCAUACUCUACCACUGAGCUGCUCCCCUUCCCCGUUAUUUGCUUGGGCAAUUUAUUUGCCACUUACAUUUCAGCAAGUUUACAGCAUAGAUUAACACAUCAGAAAUAAAAAGUACAAAAAAAGACCAGCAAAUUUCCACAUUCUGGAAGGCACAGUCAACAACUAAAUGGAGCAUCCUCUUUAGCAUAAAAAUAAACAUUACACAGAAAAAUCAGCUGCAAAAUUACAAGGAAAAUUCCAGAUAGUGAAACACAGCAGACAGCUAAACAAGAUAUCCUCAGAAUAUCAGGAAAUAGAAUAUUACAAAUGAAAAUCAGCUAAGAUGUAUGAAUUCCACAUUUUUAAAUGACAUGAUUGACAAUCAGGUAAAAUAAAAAUCAGCUCACUCUUCCCACUCCUCAAUAUGCUACAUCAAUUGUACAAUCAAACAGACCAAUCCAACUGAAUUCCCAAUCCCUUAUAUAGCAAUAAACAAAACUUACUCUAAAUGCAGCUAAAAAAUACAUCCCAGUCAGUCUCACUCAAGUAUACCUUUAACAUGAUCAACACACAUGAAACACAUUAACACUAUAAAUCAAUGGUUCCCAAAACGGUUGGUGGAAUUGUCAGGAGUGGGGUGGGGUGCUGGAGGUGUAAAUGACUACCAGAUAGUGAAAAGCUGGUGUCACUGGAUCAAGUUUAUCAAUUUUGUUGAAUUAAUUAAACUAAAUAGUUUUAAUUGGAUUUUGAAUAAAUGUGAAAUCCAUUGUUCCUGUUUUGAAUGUUGUUUUGAAUAUCUUUCUUUCCUGUUUUGAAUAUCUUUCUUUUGUGAGUAAUGCUCUUUAUAGGGUAUGGUAGGGGGCACUGGGGAAGAAUUUAUGGAACCAAGGGUGGGAAGCCUGAAAAAGUUUAGGAACCACAUCUCUAAACCAACAUACUCAAACUUACUAUUCUAUCACACCACCAAGUCACAUUGCCCACACUCUGCAACCAACAUGGUGACCUCCAUCAUCCUUGGCCAUUGGCCAGGCUGGGUGGGGUUGAUGGGAGUUCAGAAAAAUAGGAAGAGAAGGUACCGGGUUGGAGAAAGCUGUGUUAUGCUUAGGCAUUUAAGAGUCUGCCAUCCUCUCCUCCCACAUCCACAACCCUCUGCAGUGCUGGCACAGGGAGGACAGGCUGUUACAUCGUCUUGGACGUGAUGCUGGAUAUGGCUGAGUGCGAGGGUGUUGUAGACAUUUACAACUGCGUGAAGACACUAUGCUCACGGAGAAUCAACAUGAUCCAGACCGAGGUGAGAUUUGGACAUGGGGGUAUGGUCCCAGUGGAGACAGGGAUGGACUAUGGGUUAUUGUAACAGCAUGUUUAGAAUGCAAAGCAGCACCCCAUGGAUUCAUAAAAUGACAAUCUCCUGGUUUUCAUCUGCCUUGCACCAACUUCCUGUUCUGCUAAGGCACCAGUAAGAUUGGAUCCUCUUCUUUCUUUUGCUGUGUAAUUCCCAUGUUCUCCUACUGGGGAUCCCAAAUUAUUGUCACUCUUCAAGACCUGUCAUAACCUGCGUCCCAACAAUUCACUGCUAUAACAUGCUAUAACAUCCUGUCCAUGUUCCGGCGUCACACUAAGUUGUAGUUUAACCAACUAUAACCUAGUUAUAGCCAACAUGGCUUCCUCCAGAUGUUGUUGGACUACAACUCCCAUCAUCCAUGACCACUAGUCAUGCUGGGGCUGAUGGGAGGGCAGCACAUCGGCUACCACUGGUUUAGUGUGACAUGAAAAUCCUUAGGCCUCAAGUUCCCUUGUUUCAAACAAACCAAAGCUAACAUUACCUACAGUGUGCCGCUUCAGGCAAAAUGGCAAAACUGUAGUUUAGCAAAUGAAAGGGACCCAGCCCUAUUUGUUGGAGUUCAAUCCAGCUUUAAGGAUGCUUUAAGACACCUCAAAAAAUAUUGUGGUGUAGUAGCAUAUAAAUAUAAGGGCUGUGCACUGUCCAUCUUACAUCCACUCUAUGGCCCUGAUCCAUGGCUCCCCAAUCAGGGACACCACCUACCCCACCCUGGAUCAGGGUCUGAAUUAGUGCAAGGGGGAGGGGCUAAGGUUUAGGUAUGUCCCCCCCCCCUAAAGCUUGACUUAAACACACACCUGGGAGGAGAAGGAGAUGUUGCAUUUUCCUCCCAUAGUCAAUUCUUCAAGGCUUCUCCAAGAAGCUGCUGGGUAUCCUGCACCACACCAAAUCUGUACAUAGUGCUCAUUUGCAAAAUGUAGUAAAGCUGCUUGAAAAGGAGGCUCCUUUACCAUGCAGCAUCAAUGCUAUGGUGCUGCUUCAGGGAUGGGCCUCAGACAUGAAGGAGACCAGGUGGCGGACUCCCAGCUUCUCCUGGGAAAAUGCAGCCAGUGGUCAAGGUAUUCACAGGGUUUUCCUGCCCAAUGCCUGCCUCUCAUUUCUAUCCAAUGCCUUGACAGCCACAGAUUGCUCCUGGCCAUCCAAGCCAACCAGUCACAGUCCAUGCCUUUCUGCACUUGACUCAUCUGAUGCUUAACACCCUCCUAAUAUUCCUGAUUUGGCUGAGGCCUUGGACCUCAGAAGAAUCUGGUGAAUUAUUUCAAUUGCAUAAAUCAAUAACCAUUUAAACUUUCAUUCCCUUCUCCUGAAGGAGCAAUAUGUCUUCAUCCACGAUGCCAUCUUGGAAGCCUGCCUGUGUGGAGAGACCAGUAUCCCUGUCAGUGAAUUCAGGCCCACAUACAAAGAGAUGGUCAGGAUAGAUCCUCAGAGCAACUCGUCACAGCUGCGGGAGGAGUUCCAGGUGAGUCCAUGAAAGCUGAAGGCUUCUUUGAACCAAAGAGAAUUUCUUCAAGUGCACAUUUAUGAUGAGCCUUUGGACCCAGGAUUGCCAAAAGCAAGAGCCCAGUAUAGCCUAGGCAUGCAUCUUUUGCGAUAACCAGGAACACAGAGCUGGAAGAGACCGUUGGGGUCUUCUAGUCCAACCCCCUGAAGUGUAGGAAUCCUUUGCUCAAACUGGGCCUUGAACCCACCACCCUGAGAGUAAGAGUCUUUAGUUGAGGAUGUCACCUUAUUUCCAGGCAAGGACACAGAACCAUGUUACUAGCAAAUGUUCAAAGCUUUUCCCAGAGUGGAGGUGCCAGGAUCGGACAAAAGCUUUCACUUCUUGAAUUUCUGCUUGCCAUGCAGUUGUUGAAGGCGUGGGCGUAGCUCCUGCCAGCCUAGCAGUUCAAAAGCAUGCUAGUGCAAGUAGAUAAAUAGGUACCGCUGUGGUGGGAAGGUAAAUAACUUUUCCGUAUGCUCUGGUUUCUAUAAAGGUGUUCUGUCAUGCCAGAAGCAGUUUAGUCAUGUUAUGUAUUCAGGCCACAUGACCCGAAAAGCUGUCUGUGGACAAAUGCCGGCUCCCUCGGCCUGAAAAGCGAGAUGAGCACCGCAACCCCAUAGUUGCCUUUGACUGGAGUUAAAUGUCCAGGGGUCCUUUACCUUUACCUGAAGGUGUAGGAGUUUAGGAAGGAAAAAGAGAAAAAUGACAAUUCUGUUUUUGGGAGGCUGGAUGGAGGAUGGAGAGGGGUGUGGGUGUGUUUAAAAUUAGCCAAAAGUACAAAGGUAGAAUUUGCAUUCAUUGCUCCACCCACUUUUGCCUCUAUUCCUGCCCACCAUUGUCACGUGAGCCCCCCAGAAUGUUGACAAGAAGGGAAUGCAGCCCUGGGGCUAAACAAUGUUCCCCACUCCUGAUAUAAAAGAAGGGUGUCUGUAAUGGGUUUAGGGGUUGCUCGUGCGUACGUUGCCGCCACUCCUGGCUAGGUUACCUGGUUGAACCCUUUCUGACUGGACAGCCUCUAGCUUCAUGGCUGUCUCAGUCGCUGGCAGAAUCCGUCAGUGGGCAUUUCUUGAACUUCUUCCAGCAAAGAAGUUCCUUGACGCCAAGUCUCCUCCUACUCUCCCUGCGCGGAAGUCUUCUGCACACACAGGGUGUGGGCAGUGGAGUACCCGUACUCUCUCCGCUGGUCUCCGGCGAGGAGUCUUGGAGCCUCCUCUCCGAUUCCCCCAUCUGCCCCCCUUCUCUACUGGUGUUACGCUGAUUUCCUUCCCCAGCAGAUGGGCUGCCUCUCUCCCUACUGGGACCCUCUCCGGCAUCCCUCUGGAGCCUUCCCUCCGCCUCUAGCUCCGAUGGCAGUUCCCUGACAGUGCCUAUUUAUUGUGCCUGUUAAAUUUCUCCUGACUCUGAGAUUAUGAAAUGCUGCCUGACCUGGUUUCCUUGUGUCCAGCAGACUCUGAAUUCUGUAACACCCCACCUGGAUGUGGAGGAGUGCAGCAUCGCCCUUCUGCCGCGCAACCGGGAGAAGAAUCGCAGUAUGGACGUGCUGCCUCCAGACCGGUGCCUCCCCUUCUUGAUCUCCAUGGACGGAGACAGCAACAACUACAUCAACGCGGCCUUAACUGAUGUAAGUGCAUUGCUGGGGUGUUAUGGGUGGGGAGUGGAAAUGGAGGAGGCCAAGCCCCUCUCUAUCCUGCACCUGAUAAGGUUCAAGCUGCCACAUUCAGGCUCCAAAGCCAUUGAAUGGGAACGUGGAAUCAGGACCUGCCUUUCAAAGACUGAAAAGUAAGUUCAAAAUGCAAAGUUUUCUAAGUAAGCAACUAGAUAAAGGUCAGAUAUACUUUCAGAAAAUGCACAGUUGUUGUCUCAUCCAGGCUAUAAUUAAAAUGAGUUAUAUUUUAAUCGGCCUUUGGUUGAUUCAUAUUUUGCGCUUUGAAUUGUGUUUGGGAGGGGUAUUGUUUCGUUUUGUUUCUGUUCUAACUAUUUAUUUGUGCUUUUAUCCUGUAUUUUUAUAUUGUGAACUGCUCUGAGAUCUUUGGAUGAAGGGUGGUAUUAUAAUAGAAUAACAUAACAUAACAUAACAUAACAUAACAUAACAUAACAUAACAUAACAUAACAUAACAACGUAUUUACAGCAGAGAUGAAAUGAAAGUUUUUCAUUCAAAAUGGCAGCUGCGAUGAAGUGGAAACUGUCCCCUGCAAAUUUGAGGGGACUGGAAAAAUUCUAGAAUUUAUUUUGAGCUAGGAGCUUUUCCAGACGAGUAGCUGCUUCCUGCUCUCUCUCUCUCUUUUUCAAAUGUGGUUUGGAACUCCUCCAACAAUGCCUCCCAUAAUAACUCACUAUGAUUAUAAUUUAGUGUCUGAUAUACUGUUUUUUCUUGUUGUGAACUGAAACCUAUUCAGCAUGCACCCGUAUUUCCCAGGAAGGAUAUAUGCUCCUUUACAGCCUGUAGAUUGAUUUGGAAUCAAACAUCCUCUAAUCAAAAGGGGUAUAACUCAGUGGCAGAGCAAGUGCAAGUUCUCAGCUACAAUCCUCGGCAUCUCCAGAUAGAGCUGAAAGAUACUCUUAGCAUCAGUGCCUGUCACUGUAGACAAUGCUGAGCUAGAUGGAACAGUGGUCAGGCUUGAUAUGAGGCUAUGCUCUUUAGAGAGUUUUGGCUAAACAUUAGGAAGAACUUGCUGAUGGCUCCAUCUGUCUGAGAAUAUAACAGAAGCCGGUACAAAGACAUUAAACACUGGUCACUUAAAUGGCUGGGACACCGUAUUUUCUUCUACUUUUGGAGCACUGAUCAGAGAGGGGCUGUAGCUUUGCAUAUGAAAUGACCCAGGUUCAGUCUCUGCCAUCUUCUCCAGUUAACAGGAUCAGGUAGACCUUUAUUUCUCUCAAGAGCUUCUGUCAGUCAGAAUUGACAACACUUGCUUAGAUGGAUGGAUAGUCUGGUAAUGGGCAGCUGCCUAUGAUCUUCUCUGCUCUUCCUAGACAUUUCUGUGCUGUGUGAUUUGAUUUUUCAGUUUCAGUUCUUUUGGCUCACUUUGUCUUUUCACCUGUUCUUUAAAAAGAGACACAAAGCACAUUCUAGUCUCUCUCUCUCUCUCUCUCUCUCUCUCUCUCUCUCUCUCUCCAAGAAAAGACAGUGAUGUAAAUUCAGCAACCACUCCUUGGACAAUUCUACCUCUCUCUUCUCUCCUCCCCCGCGGUCCCUUUUUCUUUCCAAGCCAGGGGAAAUAAAAUCCAUUAUGCAUAGAAGUUCCUUUGCGAGUGCACGGGCUGAACUGACACGUCGUGUUAUUGUAAAUAUGUCUAACAAAGAGCAGGGAGAAGAGGGAGUCAGGAGCAUCCAAGCUGAACACUGCCACUGCGCUCCCGUCUCAGGAGCGUGCCGCAAAACCGAGACUUAAGUGGUAGCAAGGCAGAGGGAGCAGAUAAGCUUUUCAUUCACUCCCACCACACAGAUGUCGGGAUGGGGGGGGGAGUGGUGUUGGUCCACAUUUUAAUUCCCAUCUCCAUAACUGCGCUUCCAGGAGCAACGUGCAAAAGAGAAGAUCCGUUAUCCUUUGAAAUUCACACAUCUAUGAAUUUUGUAAUGCAGUUUUGUGAGAGAGGAAAAACAUAGAUUAGGGAAAAGUGCGCAUUUGUAUGAGCACAUGAACAUGCAUUCUGGGUGCAGAAAAUUGCUUGCAGAAAUGUGCAUGUUGGGCAAAAUUUCGCACAAGCCUCUGCGUUUUAGGAUAUAUUCACAUUAAAAAUGCAUAUGAAUUUUCACACAGACUCUUUUUUUUAAAAAAUUAAAAAUCACAAACUGAUGAGGAAAUGUGGAGAAACUAAGUGAACUUAGAACUUGAAAAGUGGGGAAAUGAGAGAAUUAGAAAUGGACAGAUAGCAUAGGUUAAACAAGUGGGCAUGGGAAUCAUGCCAGCUCAGUCUGCCCAUGGUUUGGCUGUACUCCACUGGCUUCACCCCCAAUUUCCAUAUGCCUAACAGGAAGUCCAUAAUAUAUGUACAUCAGCAACCCCCAAGGUCAGGGACUUCAGUCAGCCAGGGUUUCCAGCUCUGUGGACUGCCUGUGUAUGUUCUGUGCUCUCAGGUCCUGAUUAUUCAUGUAUUUCUAUCCCUGCUUUUCCCAAGUUGGGUUUCAAGGUGGCUCAGAAUUUCCCCCAAAAGACAUCGUUUGAAAUAAAAAGAAACUAGUUGAAAACAAUUGAUAAACUCCAAUGAACACAUUCAAGACCAGCAUUAAAAUACCAAUUGCCUUGAUAGCAGCCCAUUUGUCAACAUCAUCUGCAUCUAGUUUUUAAAUACAGUGGACCCUCUAGUUAUAUAACCCUCUGGAUACUUAACUUUUGGGUUACGAACGCGGCAACCUUGGAAGUGUAUACUUCCAGGUUUCGCCCCGUGCGCAUGUGCAGAAGUGCUCUGUGCACUUUGUGCAUGCACAGAAGUGCUCGAUCGCGCCACGUGCAUGCCCAGAAGCGGCACCUCUACCUACGGAACGUUCGGGUUGUGGAUGGACCCCCAGAACGAAUUUAAUUCGUAUCCGGAGGAUCCACUGUAAAGGCCUUUCUGAAUAGGAAAGUCUUAGCUUGAUGGGGGAAAGAUAAUCCAGAUAGAUCUCUCUCAGGGCCAGACUACAUGUCAUACUGUUCAUAUAGUUUUUAAUGCAGACAAAAAGAUAGUAAGUUCAUUGGAAGAUGGAGUCUGCUGUCUUGUAGGACUCCAUAGAUCCAUAUUCUUUCCCUGGGGAUACUAUAGUAAUGUACAUGUGUGUGGUUGGAUUGAUUUUUUGAGUAUUUGAUAACACCAACUUAAAAGGUUUUUAGGGACUCAGCUAUACAGCUGCAAAUAAAAAAGUUUAAGUGUGUUGUAAAGUGCAAUAUACAAAUGUGACACUAGAUGGCGACAGUGAGCUAUGGCAAAUUCAAUAUAUUUUUCAAAACAUUUUUUAAUAACAGCAUUUUCAAAGAGUUUUUUUUAUGUGUGUGUAGAUUCCACCUAGGUGUGCAUAGGCAGAUAGAUAUGAAAUUUUUAAUUAGUUACCAGUAUCUGUAUCUUAAUAUCUCAGUUCCUCAAACUAUCUUUAUAUUUACUAUACAGAAUUUUGAAAACAAUAAAAAGUGUUUAAACUAACCACUUUUGUUUUGAAGAAAGAGCCACAGAUUGAGGGCCCUGAUCUGAAACAUACCUGAGGGCCCAUAUCUGAAACAAUCCAUGCCACUUCCGGGUUGGCGCCUCUGGCAAUGGCGGAUUUCCUCCGAUCGGGAGGAAUCCGCUCCGUGGAAAAAAGGGUCUGAACCGCCACGCCGAGGCGGGAGACCCAUCAAAAACCACAGGCGGGAGAAGCCUGUGGACGUGGGAUUCGGCUGGCACCUUUGCGCCCCCCCUACUCGCGGGGAACCCCGGUUUCGGGGAUCCGGAGCGACGUGGGGGUGAGUGGUGCAGUGCUUUGAAUCGACUGCUUCUUCCACGGAGUGAAGCUGCAUUGUUGUUGCUGGAGAGCGCUGACUUUUUCCUGUGGACAAUUGGAUUUUAAAUAACUGCCCGUGAGUAGAACGGACAAUUGAGACUUCUGGGGUGGCGCCAUCGGUAAUGGCCUCUGAUCCGGAGGGACUAGCUCUACGGAAAUCGGGUCUGUUCUGCAACGGCGAAGCGGGGACCCUUUUAAAAAUCACAGGCGGAUGAAGCCUGUGACCGUGGGACUCGGCGGGCACCUUUAGCACCCCCCCAAUUUGCAAAGGAACCCAAUUACGGGCUCCGGAGCGAAGCGGGGCAAGCGGCGCGGUGCUGAGAGUCAACUGCUUCUUCCGUGGAGCAAAGCCGCACAGCCGCACUACCUUUUUCCUGUGACAAUCUGGCAAAAGCAACUACCCGUGAGUAGGUUAAAUUUGGACAAUUGGACUCUAAACAACGACCCGUGAGUAGAACGGAAAAUUGGACUAAGAAAUUCCUUUUAAUUUGGCGCUGAAGCGGGAAGGUCUAAACAGGAAGUCAGCCCUCUUCUUUUUGUAGAAAGAUCAAAGCAAAGACAUGGCAAGCUAGAGUUUAGAAAAUCGUUUGUAAAGGAUCAACUUUCAUCAUUUAAAAUUACUGAACCCCCUUUGGAAGCAGGAGGAGAGGGGGGAUAUUUUUUGGACCGUUUAAACCUGCAGAAGAGAGUUUAGAGAAAAGUAAUUUUCCACCGUCUUGAACCUGGAAGCGGGGUGUCAGGACAGAAGCUUUUGGGAAGUUCAUUGACUAUAGACAAACGUCUUUGACAGAUAGUUAAAAGAAGAGAAACAUAGUGAUUCCAUUGUUCUCCUUCGCAGUUAAAAGGAACAAAAUAUUGACAAAAUAUCUGAAAAAGGAAACUUUGUUGUUAGAUCUGCAAAAAAAAAAAAAGAGAGAGAGAUGGAUACAAAUAGAAGUUCUUCCCCUAGAGGGAGCUUGUGAAAACUGUUAUUAAUUUGAACUGGGGAGUUUUGCAGCUGCAAUAGAUUAAGAUCGUGGGAUUAGACUUUGACCUUGCACAACAAUGUACUCGGAGGCUCUGGUGCGCGCUUUCUGCAAAACAAGUGCUUUAUUGGAACAGUUACAUGAGAAGACGGAUUUGAUGACUGAUGCGAUCAGAAAUUUUGGACAGGUAGUGGGUAUCUAUAUAGAACCCACUCAGGAAUUAAUUCAGGAGUGUGCUCUGACAGAUCAGAUGAGGGAGGAGGUUGUGGCUGGACCUCGGGAGGCAGAGAUGGAGGGAACUGUGACCCAGCAGGAACAUGAGUUGUUGGAUCUGAUGAAUGAACCUGGGAAAAGCCAGAUUUGGAGAGAGAGAGUCUUGUUUGGUUUGGAGAUGGGGGGCUGGAUAGACCCCCCUAUGCAGGGAUGUUUUGAAUUUUCAAAUCUGGCGUUGGGCCGGAAGGAGCUUGGACUUGAGGGGGUCCUCAACCUUGGAGGGACUUUGAAACAUGCUUUUAAAUACCACAUGGAGCUCAGUGUGGACUAUAGAAAAGGGGCUGAUCUGUCGAGAAGGGACAAAAAUAUUGUCAAGCUGGAGUCUCCACGAGUGAAAGGAGCAGAAGACAAAGUAAAGUAUAGGUAUAAAUAUGAAGAAGAUCUGCGGAAGGGACAUGGAAGAGACUUAAGGGUCUCUUCGGACAUAAGGUUACCAGGUUAAUGAACUAGAUGGAUGGGAUAGAAAGGACUGACAAAACCCGAGACCAGGAGGAAGAGACGCUGGAUGAAGAUUGGAAGAAAGUUUUAAAAAUUUUAUUUAGGAAUGUCUUGUAAAAUUAAUGAGUAUUAGAAAAAUGUUGGAACGAAAUUAUUUGUCUUUAGCAGAAAUGUUAAAAAGAACUAUGUAAGAAUAUGCUAUGGCUAUGAGAAAUUGGUAUAAAUAAGAUUUAAGUUUUAAGUUCUAGGGUUUUUUAUGGUAAGAUAAGGUUAAAAUAGAUUAAGGUAAUUUAAUGACAGAAUAUUAUGAAAAAUGGAAAGGAUUUGCUGAGACAAUUAACAACUAGAACACAAAAAGGGAGGUGUGAGGAGGUCGAUGAAAUAAGGUAAUGACAGUUAAGGAUUUGAGAAUACUGGAUUUGUUUUUAAAUUUUUUUUGUUUAAUUCUGCUUUUGGAUUUUGAUGUAUUAUGUGUUUUGCUUUUAUCGAUUUGUAUUGUUUAAUUGUUAUCUGUUCUCUUUUUUCUCUUUUUUCUUCUUUUUUUCUUUGUUUGUCUUUGUAAUCUUAAAACUUUCAAUAAAUAUCAUUUAAAAAAAAAUAGAACGGAAAAUUGGAUUAAGAAAUUUCUUUCAAUUUGGCACUGAAGCGGGAAGGUCUAAACAGGAAGUCCGCCUUCCGCUUUUGUAGAUAGAUUAAAGCAAAGACACGGUAAGCUAGAGUUUAGAAAGUCGUCUGUAAAGGAUCAAUUUUCAUCAUUUAAAAUUACUGAACCCCCCUUGGAAGCAGGAGAAGAGGGGGGAAUUUUUUCUGGACUGUUUAAACCUGCAGAAGAGAGAGUAAAGAAAAGCAAUUUUCCACCGUCUUGAACCUGGGAGCGGGGUGUCAGGACAGACGUCCUCAGGAAGUUCAUUGACUAUAGUCAAACGUUUUUGACGGAUAGUUAAAAGAGAAACAUAUUGAUUCCAUUGUUCCCCUUCGCAUCUAAAAGGAACAAAAUAUUGACAAAAUAUCUGAAAAAGGAAACUUUGUUGUUAGAUCUGCUUUUAAAAGAUACAAAUAGAAGCUUUUUCCCCUAGAGGGAGCUUGUGAAACUGUUAUUAAAUCCGAACUGGGAGCUGUGCAGCUGCAAUAGAUUAAGAUCGUGGGAUUAGACUCUGACCUUGAACAAGAAUGUACUCGGAGGCUCUGGUGCUUGCCUUCUGCAAGACAAGUGCCUUAUUGGAACAGUUACAUGAGAAGACGGACUUGAUGACUGUUGCGAUCGGAAAUUUUGGACAGGCAGUGGGUACCUAUCUAGAACCCACUCAGGAAUUAAUCCAGGAGUGUGCUCUGACAGAUCAGAUGAGGGAGGAGGUUGUUGCUGGACCCCAGGAGGCAGAGAUGGAGGGAACUGUGGCCCAGCAGGAACAUGAGUUGUUGGAUUUGAUGAAUGAACCUGGAAAAAGCCAGAUUUGGAGAGAUAGAGUCUUGUUUGGCUUGGAGAUGGGGGGCUGGAUAGACCCCCCUAUGCAGGGAUGUUUUGACCUUUCAAGUCUGGCUUUGGGCCGGGAGGAGUUCGCAGUUGUGGGGGUCCUUAACUUUAGAGGGACCUUGAAACAUGCUUUUAAAUACCACAUGGAGUUCAGUGUUGAUGAUGGAAAAGGGGCUGAUCUGUCGAGAAGGGACAAAAAUAUUGUCAAGCUGGAGUCUCCACGAGUGAAAGGAGCAGAAGACAAAGUAAAGUACAGAUAUAAAUAUGAAGAAAACCUGCGGAAGGGACAUGGAAGAGAUUUAAGAGCCUCGGAUAUAAGGUUACCAGGUUGAUGAACUAGAUGGAUGGGAUAGAAAGGACUGACAAAAUCCGAGACCAGGAGGAAGAGACGCUGGAUGAAGAUUGGAAGAAAGUUUUAAAAAAUUUAUCUAGGAAAGUUUUGUAAAAUUAAUGAGUAUUAGAAAAAUGUUGGAACGAAAUUAUUUGGCUGUAGCAGAAAUGUUAAAAAGAAUUAUGAAAGAAUAUGUUAUGGUUAUGAGAAAUUGGUAUAAAUAAGAUUUAAGCUUUAAGUUUUAGGGUUUUUUAUGGUAAGAAAAAGUUAAAAUAGAUUAAGGUAAUUUAAUGACAGAAUAUUAUGAAAGAUGGAAAGGAUUUGCUGAGAUAAUUAAUAACUAGAAUGCAAAAAAGGGAGGUGUGAGGAGGUCCAUGAAACAAAUUAAUGAAAGAUAAAGAUUUGGGAAUAUUGGAUUUGUUUUUAAAUUUUUUGUUUAUUUUUGCUUUUUGAUUUUGAUGUAUUUGUGUGAUUUGUUUUUUCUUUGACUUUUGUUUUUAUUGAUUUGUAUUGUUUAAUUUCUCUUUUUGUCUACUUUUUUUCUUUGUUUCUUUGUAAUCUUAAAAUCCUCAAUAAAUAUUUUUUUUUUUAAAAGAAACAAUCCAUGCAUUAUGGAUUGAAGCCUUUCCCCAGUUUUCUGCUGUCAAUCACCUCCCUGUCAUUGCCCCAGCUCCUAUUUCCCCUCUAAGCUGCUGGGUUCCCCCAGAUUUCCUUCAGGCUUAUAAUAGCAUAGCUAAGCCAAGACUCCGAAACACUAAAAGCCACUUGUGGACUCAGGGCUGGCCCAAGACAUCUUGCUGUCUGAGGCAAUAGUGACCCACCCCAUUCCAGACAUUAAGUGGAAUACUGUAACGAUUCUUUCUUUGACAUUAGCGAUGGGAUAUUUUCUUCCACCAUGACUCAAGGAAGCAGGCUGUGGAGUGCUAGACAGACUGCACGGCACCCACAGCUCUGUCCUUGGAAUGUCUCAUCACCAUAUCCAGCCCAUCAGUAUCUACCGCCUGAGGCGACUGCCUCACUCUGCCUAAUGGUAGGGCCGACUUUGUUUGAACCUGUGCUUUUGGCAGGCCUGCUCAUGAGAUAAAAACAUGCCUGUUCAGGCUUUCAGAUCACAUCUUCCCAUACAAUGGAGCCCAUCUAGAAUGAGCACAUUUUUUCAAAAUCCUUUUAUCCAUAUGAUAUGGCCAGCUGCAGCACUUUAUGCAAACGAGUAAAAUUCACAAUGCCGGUUUUCAGGUAAAAGGGAAAAUAAAAGUAGAUGGGCAAAUUAAUCAGUGACCUGCUUCAAUUAGCCAGAGAGGUCAGUUUGGUGGUGGUGGGGAGAGCGUUCUGAAAGCUGACAGUGACGUAAAACUUCCAAGGAAAUGGAAUAAUCAAGGGUAAAGGGCUUCCUCUGUAGGUUUGUCUCUUGCCAUCAAAGCACGAAAGGAUUUGAUUAGAUCAUGAUGUGCUAUAUCCUUAUUCACUUUCCAGAAUCAUCAGGGGCCGCCUUUCAAAUCAACCCUUUCUUUUACUUGUGUGCCCUAUGGCAUUUUUGUAAAUAACUUGGGCACAACAGGGAGUUGACCAUUUGAUUCAUGGCCACUUUUAACUGGGCACCGUCGUAAAUCUAGGCCUAGGCCUGGAACAAAAGUUCCAGUCAAACUGUGGCUUCAGGGUUCUUAGGUCUGUACCUCAGGCUCAUUUGCUCCAUCCUCAGAAGGGCACCCACAGUGCCAGUGCUGCAGUCUUUGCCAUUGCCCAAUGGUAUUGUUGGCAGAUUAAAAUGGCGGCUUGCCAACAGCAACUGCUACUUAGGAAGUCAGGAAUAUAGAGGGCAGGUGGAUAGAUGGGCUCAGAGUCAGCAAUUGCUGAGGAUCAUAGGUGCUAGUGCCAGGCUUCUCUUCCUUCUUUCACACACUUCAGUUUCCUCGCUUCCUGGAUUGUGAUAACUAUAGUGUAUUCUGGUAAGCUAAGAUCCCUGCAAAUAUGCAUUUGCUUCCAAAAGAGUCUUGUGGAGCAGAAGUAGGAUUACUCUGGCUGUUCAUCCUAACCCCUCAGGCCAUUGCCCUUGUUUGGAGGACAAAGUAGAAUAUGCUCUGACCUGCACCCUUUAAACUAGCUUGGGGCCUGAAAUGUGGUGGAGGACAGAAUUUCAUUACCAGAGUUGAAGUAAGAUUCAGUAGCCAAGGCAGUCAUCUUCGCUAUAAGGAAUGGAGUGGAAGUGCCAUCUUUUCAUCAGGCAGCAAAACAUAUUGAGUGGCCCUGCUAGAAACCAUGCUUUGAACUGAGUUUGCCUUUUCUGAAUAGGAGGGAAACUGGUUUGGGAUAAACCAUAGUUUCUUCAGUUCAGGUGCAACAGUAAACUGUGAUUAUUGCAAACCAAUAAGUGAUGGUGGGACAUGGGGUACAUUGGGGGAGGGCAUUGGCUCAAGACCAAAUGGACCAAAUUUGAUUUUGCUGUGAAAUUUGAACUGUGCCCAAAGGAAGAAACCAGGGCAUCACUGAAAAGUCAGGUGUGAGAGCAACACCUUCCCUUCCAACUGGAGGGAAGAUGAGAUGGGCUAAUUUGAUCCUGGGGGCACAGGUAGCUGUCUUGUGUUGAGUCUGACCAUUGGUCCAUCUAGCUUAGUAUUGCCUACACUGCUUGGCAGUGGCUCACCAGGAUUCCAGACAGAGUUCUUUCCCAGCCCUACAAGGAGAUUCCAGGGACUGAACCUAGUUCUUUGUGCAUGCAAAGCAGAUGCUCUAUUUCUGAGCUGUGGCCCUUCUCCUGGGGUUGCCUGUUGAAGGAGAGAGCCCUAAUAGCUGAAUCUGACUUGCACCAAUUAAUCACUUAACACCAUCAGCUUUCCUGCACAGAUCCCACCUCUCUUGAUUUCCUGCAUUCCCAGUUCUCCUUUCUGUUCUGAUCAGGUAGCAAAUUGCUGUAAUUAUUUUUAUGCAAGCACCAGAGCUGAAGAAUGAAAAAAACUGGUGCUUAUCUCUCCAUUAAGUAGCAGCCCAUGGAACUCAUGGUACUCUUUCAUCAUUUGUGCCCCACUUUGCUGCCUUUUUAAGCAAUUGGUGUUUUUUUGUGGUGGAGGGGGGAGGCUCUGUAAAAUAACAAAUUCGUCCUGAGAUUCCCUUUGUCCAACUUCACCUUUUUGGAGAGAAGCUGAUUCAAAUCACCCGGCUGAUGGGAGAAAAGAACUCAAGACUGAGAUUAUGCAGUCUGUAACAGAGUUUGAAAGAAACUGAGAAAGCUGGGAGAUGUUUUCUAAGUGCAGGGAACUUGUCACUUGAGCUCAUAAGUGUUGUUUCAAGGGCUUUUUAGGAAGGCAAAGAGCUGAAGAAGAAAAGCUCUGCAACCCUGGAUUGUCUGCUCCAUCUCUGCAGGUGCCCCUAAAAGCCCUUGCUUCUUUUGAAGUGCUAAGAAGCCUUGCAAAGUCAUUACCUUGAGGUUAAGGGUCUUUUCUUUCCUUCCCCUCCUUCCCUCCUCCCAAGAAAAUGUUUGUUAGAAGCAAAGCUUAGAGGAGCCUGCCUGGCUUUUCUGUGUCUUACCAUUUCCCUCCCUCUACCCAUUUCAAAACCCCAAUAAAUAUUACCAGGCAAUGUUGGCUGUGUUAUAGUUUAGAUCCAAGAGCUGCUUUCUGUGCUCUUAUUAUCCAAAAGGUAUAACUUCCAGGGGGGGGGGGUGAAGAGAUGAUCCACUGGGCAGACAUUUUUCACACUGGUUCUUAGAUCAAACGAGACAGAAUUCUGUUUUUUUAAAAAGAGACCUGAGUGCUUUUUCCCCAUCGAGCAAUAUCAAUGGACAGAGGCUCAUUCUUUUUAAAACUUUGUGUUUGCUGGGAAUGAGGUCCUAAGCGGGAAUGAGGCUUUAUCAUAUCUCUGUCCUUCAGCCUUCAAUUUAGUUUGAUCCAAAAUGGGCCUCUGCGCUGACUUGCAUUGAUAUGUAUAUGUGUGAUUUUUCUUCACCAGAUGAUUAUUUGUUACAGGCCUCAAAUUAUAAGGCAGACAAAUGGUAUCAGAUUAGAGAUUCUGACUCCUGAGUUUGAAAGAGGAUCCAGCAUGCUCCAAGAUCCCCAGUAGAAUUACUUAUAAAUAUGGCACAGAGUGUGUGGGAGAAAAGUAUGCUCAUAAAUUUCCAGGCUUGAUUUUACAUGAGGGCAUUGACUUCUGAAGUCCUGCAUGGCUUGGAACCAAAGUCUCUCUAGAUCCACCUGCUCCUUUAUGAGUCUCUUUGAGGCCUUCCUUCAGGGAUUCCUCACCCCCUAAGAUCAAGAGGGUGGGGGCUGAGGAUCAGACCUUAUGAGAAACAGUUGAGGGAGUAGGGUGUGUUUAGGGUAGCCCGUCAAAUAUUUGAAGGUCCAUCACAUGGAAGAUGGAGCAAUCUUGUCUUCUGCUGCUCCAGAGGGUAGGACCUGAACCAAUGGAUCCAAAUUGCACAAAAGGAGAUUCUGACUAAACAUCAGGAAGCGUUGAGCUAGGACUAGGAAGGCCCAGGUUGCAAUUCCACUUAACCAAGAAAUACACAGGGUGGCCUUGGGUCAGUCAGUAUCUCUCAGUCUAAAUUACCUCACAAUAUGGGUGUCAUCUGGGGGUGGGCAGGGGACAGAGCCACCCCAAUAUUUUCAAGAAGGGGGCAACCCCCCCCCAAAAAUCUGCAGUGAUCCUCAAAAGGACGUGCCAGGAUGAAGAUACUUAGCCCUUUGAGGAUCACCAGAGCAUCUUCUGACCCCCAAUGUUGGGCACAACUCGGCACACCUGCCUCACAAGGUUUUUGUAUGUAUAAAAGGGGGUGGAGAAGCAUGUACAUUGCCUUGAGCUCCUUGGAGGUUAGAGAAGAUAUAAAUGUGAUAAAAUAAAUGUGAUAAAAUAAAGACAAACAUUUGUCUCACCUCUGAGCCAAACCCAGAGGAUUCAAACGGCAGAGUAGCAGGACUGAGGGUACCAGCACUCAGCCAGGAUUUCUCUGGGAACAGUGGGUGAUAUUCAGUGUAAAGUCAUACCCAGAGCAGACCCCUUGAUUAAUGGGAUCUACUCUGGGUAUGACUUACAUUGGAUAUCACCUACUAGAAGCACAUUUAGGCAGUUCAGCUUCCAUCUUUUAAAAGCUCACAUUUAGUGUUGAUCAAUGGAGUUCCUUAAAUAAUGCACGGGGAUCUGAAAGUUGUAUGGCAUUUGAUCAAUCAAAAAUGGCUAUUUUACACAUGGUCACCAUCACUUGAAGUUUCAAAUGACUAGUGAUCAAACAUAUUGCCUGUUUUACUGAGAUAUGUGCUUUAGUAGACAGAAGGUGGAUGAUGUUAAGGAAGUGACGAUCCUUCUGCCACCUUUAAGUUUCCCUUGUGUUUUUCAAGAUAACCAAUCCAAAUGGAAUUGGAUUAAUCCUGCACACAAUCCUUUGCUUUAGAAUCUCAAAACCCAGAUUUCCAUCUUCCUCCCAGUCAACCUUGGAGAUUAGAGCUGUGAUUUGCUCCAUCUCUUCCCUCUGAUAUGUUGCUCUGCUUUUAUCCCACGACUCUUUCUCUCUCCUUUAGAGCUACACAAAGAGUGCUGCCUUCAUUGUGACCUUGCACCCACUACAGAACACAACCACAGACUUCUGGAGGCUGGUGUAUGACUAUGGCUGCACCUCCAUCAUCAUGCUGAACCAGCUCAAUCAGUCCAACUCUGCCUGGGUGAGUAACAGAGAAACACCUGUCACUCAUUGCUGUUGCUUCUUUGAGCAGUCUGUUUGCUCCACUUUGCAUUGAUGUAUGAUGUGGUCUUCGAAAAGACAGCCAGAUCUACUUGCAUUCAACUAAUAUCUCCAGGGUUUGUGUAUGUGUGGAUCAGUGGAAUUAAGAAUGUAAGUAAUAUAUGAAACUUGAACAGUCAAAUCACAGUUACAUAGUCUAAUGCACAAGCUGAUUCUGAAGCACAAAAUAACCAUGUUAAAAUGAUUCUGGUUAAUUUAAUUUCAACAAAAUAAUGACAUAGUCUGCAAGUCUGUUGAAGGCCAAAGCGAUCUGAAGCAGAGGCCAGUUUGAUCUGGAUUUGCUAAAGGCUGGACUGACGGAAUGGGCAGCCAGCCACUAAUUCUGUUUCCACAGAAUCAUCACCAGAGCCACAUGCACAACAAACAUUUAAAGCGCUAUGAUACCACCUUAAACAGGCAUUACUUCCCCCCAAGAUUUCUGGGAGCUGUUCUUUGUUAAGGGUGCUAAGAGUUGUUAAGAGACACCUAUACCCCUCACAGAGCUACAAUUCUUAAGAGUGGUUUAACAAUCAAUAGCUCUUCCCAGGGAACUCUGGAAGCUGUAGCUUUGGAAGGAGAUGAUGAUGAAAAGAGAGCUGAGUCAAAAUUCUUCCCCUGCAAAAGUCAGGGGGAUUCAUCUCAUUACAGAGGAGCAGGAGCAAUAUUACAAAGUUGUGUGUGUGUUUGGCUUACCUUACUGUUUUAAACAGGUUUUUUGGCUGUUCUUUUAAAGUGUGAAACAACUGAGCCCAUAGCUUACAUUCACAUUCAUGGAGCUACUACUUGGGGGAUUUUGACUGGAAAUGAUCUCUGUGCAGCCCAGCGAUUAUUGCAAUAGAUAACAAUUACUUUGGAAACGCAAAUAGUCCUUUGCUUAUUCUGGAUGAAUUAGGAAGAAGCAAUACAUGCCAAUAACAUCUUGCUUGCUUAAAUGAAUUAACAAGAGAGCCACACAAUUAAACUCAAAACUGCUGCCUCCCGUGUUGUUUUUGCUGCAUUUGCAGCACCAAAGAGAGCUCUCUGGGGUGCAAGCCUGGGCAGUGUAUAUGGAGGUCCUGGGCUGUCCAGAUGGCAAGACACCCCCUUGGCCUCAGUGAUGUGGUCCAAAGGAAAGGAAAGCAAUACAUUUGGCACCAGCUUGGCUGCCGGAGCUGCUGGAAGGACACAGCCUUGACAGCACAAUCCAAGGACACUCUUCAGAGACUCAUAAGCCAUUUUGCCCAAGCCUGUAGGGAGUUUGGCCCUACCUCCUGACAAAUAUCCUGGGUUAGAAUCAGCAUUGGUGACCACAUGCUUGAAGUGGUAGACAAUUUUGUCUACCUGGGUUCCACCAUACCCAGCAACCUCUCCAUUGACCCUGAGCUGUAAUACAGUGGUACCUCAGGGUAUAUACGCUUCAGGUUACAUACGCUUCAGGUUACAUACGCUUCAGGUUACAUACGCUUCAGGUUACAGACUCCGCUAACCCAGAAAUAGUGCUUCAGCUUAAGAACUUUGCUUCAGGAUGAGAACAGAAAUCAUGCUCUGGCGGCGCGGUGGCAGCAGGAGGCCCCAUUAGCUAAAGUGGUGCUUCAGGUUAAGAGCAGUUUCAGGUUAAGAAUGGACCUCUGGAACGAAUUAAGUACUUAACCUGGGGUACCAGGCAGGUAUGGCAAUGGCUCAUCUCUUCAAACAGUAUGGGAGAAUGUGAUGCUAAUGUCCAAUACCAAGAUGAAGGUCUACCAGGCUUGUGCGUUGAGCACUCUGCUGUAUAGAAGUGAGUCGUAAGCAGCUUACAACCACCAGAAGUAACACCUCAAUGCCUUCCACACCAGGAAGAUUUUGGGCAUCACAUGGCAGUGUCAGGAGAUCCUACACACGAGUAGGAGGUUGGCAGAGACAUAUUCCCAACUGGUAUGUUCUGUCCCUCCUGAUCAUUCGUUCGGGAGAUUCAAAAUCUUUCUCCAGCCCGAACAUCACAGCGGCUGAUGCCUUAGAGGCAUCAGCACACUUCAGGAUCAGCAGAGUAUAGACAGUCAGUGUACAGACUCAGCAGUGCAGCAUUUGGCUAAACUACGUUUAUUUACAUAUACACACUUGGAGCAUCGUAACUCAGCUCCUUCCUGUUCAGCACCAGACAGCAAAGACAAAGGACAAAGGACAAAUGUCCUACAUCAUUGAAACACAGUAAUACAAACAUCCUGUCUCCAUGACUUCCCACAAUGUGGAAUGAAAACAUACACCGUCAUGUGAUAAAAACAAUCCCAUGACUGCAGCACAGGAAAAGAAUCCUAACAGGCAGGACAGAGUCUCAAACAAAGAUGUGCUCUCCCAAGCCCACAUCCCCAGCAUGUUCACACACUUGCCUCAGAGAUGUCUACACUGGCUCGGUCAUGUUCACAGAAUGGAAGGUGGCAGGAUCCCCAGGAACGUGCUCCAUGGGGAGCUGGCAUCAGGGACAGGACUAACUCUGCAUUACAAAGAUGUCUGCAAAUGUGUCAUGAAGGCUGGCUACAUCAACCUGACUGUGUGGGAAUCCCUUGCAGAUGACCACAGUGCCUGGAGACAACCAGUCAGUUGUGUAUCCACAGCAGUGACCAGAGGAGGAAUAACCAUUGGGAGUAGUGCAGAGAGAAGAAACAUCAUGGUACACCUGCAUGAGCAGAACCGGAUGCCUCCAUCUACAGAAUCUCUGCUGCAACAAAACAUGUCUCACCCAUAUCAGUGUCUACAGCCACAGCAGGCACUGUAACCUUCCAACGGUUUGACUUUACCUACCAAGGCACACUCCUCCAUUGCCAGAUGGUUGCCAACCAACACAGUUUAGCAACACCACACUCUGGCCAUUAAAAAUCCUCUGUAUGGAAGGGAACUCUAUGAUGGAUAGUCAGGAUUGGAUGCCAGGAAGGGCAUGGGACUUUGAAUCUCCCCUCCCUGGAUUCUUAAAGCCUUCUUGUCAAGUUCAUGGCAGUUUUAAGAGCCCAUUACAAGUCCGUAAUGCUAAUUUGCCUGAAAAAUGCAUUGGUUUCUUCUUCUUAGCAUAAAAUUGGUAUUACAGAGUCUUAAUGGAUGUCUGGAGAAGACUUCAUUAACUGGAUUAUUUUAUGAGUCAAGAUCAGGCACUUUAGUGCAAAUGACCCAAACCUACAGUUGCAAUGCCGACAGGGAAAGUAAGCAGAGGAAUGAAUUAAAGGCCCACCUCGGGUGAAGAGGCGCCUUCCUCCGUCAGCUGCACUUGCUGAGCUGAAGAGGACUGCUGCGUCCUUAAAUAACAGAACAAGGAAAUGAACAUUAUCCCUGGUGCUCCCGUACCUAGGAAUCCUAGCAAUUCUGCAAGGCCAGAGGGAGUUUAUUCAGGAGUGAAAUUAAGGCUGGAAUCAAUUGACACAGAGGGAAAUCCGAGCCGGUAACUCUGCUACACCAGAGUUUGGGAAGCUGGAUGAGGUGCUCUGCCUUUCCCAGCUUCUUUUCAUGCUCUUAGAGCAGCUUCCUGAAUUCUCUUCAUCCAAGGGAUGGAGGCCCACUGGGAAUGGUAGGACAUAAAGAGGGGAGGCUAACGACAGGCAGAACCAAAGCCAAUGAGAGGAAGAUCCAACUAAUUCUAAUCCCUCCCCCUGUCAAUCAUUUUCCCUCCAAGGUCAGCACUGAGACUGAGCGCAGACCCUCCAAGUGUCCUUAUUUUCCAGGGACAUCCCUGAUUUAGAGAAGCCAUCCCGGUUUCUGAUUUGACCCCAGAGUGUCCCACUUUUCCUUAGGAUGUCCCUGUUUCCAUUGGAGAAAUGUUGGAGGGCAUGGAGUUAUCCAACCCAUGAGCUGUCUGAAGGCAAUUCUGUAUAAGGAAGUUUUUUUUAAAAAAAAUGUUUAAUGUUUUAUUAUGUUUUUAUAUAUGUGGGAAGCUGGCCAGAGUGAGUGGGGCAACCCAGUAAGCUUGUAAUGGACAAGCCUCCACUGGAAGAAGGAAUCUGCCGAUUGAAGUUUCUCUCAGUUUAUCAUUUUUCCAGUCUUAAAUUCAGUUCACUACAUUUCCACCUCACUUUGUGAUUUAUUAAUUUUAAAUAAUAUUCAUCAUUUUAGUGCACAUUCCUAAUAGGAACAUUUUUAAUGCAUUCUUUUAAAAAAACUAAUAUACACUUUUUGUGAGCUGUUUACCCCUAACCCCUUCCACUCUAUCAAUAUGCAACUCUCUUUCACCACUACCUUGUUCUGCCAACCCCACUGGGCAUCUUAUUCUUUGGGGAUGUCUGCAUAGUGCUGUUUAGCCAGAUCUUAAAUGUUUACCAGCUUAACACCAACAGCUAAUAAAUCAACCUUUACAGUGAAACAGCUUCAAAAAAAAAGGUGACUUAGAGGGUAUAUCCCUUGCUUGAACCAUGCCUUGCCGGAGGAAGUUUUAAUAUCCAAAUUAUAGCUCUGAGUCUGGAAGGCAUCGAGAUCAUAGAGAUUUAUAGCCCCUAUUAAUAACCAAUUAUUUCUCAAACACAUUUGCCAUGCGGUAAGGCCUGGGAUGCCGGAUGGCCCCAAAUGCUAAAUGUUCUGUUAAAGUGCAAUGACAAACAUCAUAUAUUUUGUAUUGACGCUGCCUUCCUGGCUGUCGCGCACAAAAACAAUCACAUCGGUGACCCCUGAAUGGAACAAUACAUCAGCUGCGCUGCUGGGUGGGAGAUAGCAAGAGCAGGAUCCCUUCCUAUCAGUGAUCUUUCUCUGGCAAGUCUAAUGCUUGGGAAUAUUAAAGCUCUUGUUGAUAUAAACCUCCUGUUGAUAUUUCCAAGCGGGAAUUGGCUGGGGGCGCGGCUCAGUCAGGGGAUGUCUCUGCUUGAUGGGGAAUCAGAUAACUUUGAAUUGCUUCCCUGCUAAAGAAUAUGGGUUUUCUUAGUUUAGGAAAAAAAUAAUACAGCUAAAGGGGUGUGUGUGUUAGAGACCCCUUGUGGGCUAUCAGAUGCAGAUUCAUCACAGGUGUAACCUGUGGAAUGUUUUGCCUUUGUCUUGUGAGUAUGUCUUAGCAAUGCAUUGGGGCCUGAAUGGAUGCAGUCCAGUACAUAAUUGCCUAGUAUUAAGUCCAUCUGAACUCAGCAGGGCUUUCUAUUGAGUAAACAUGUGUAGAACUGCAGGGCAAGGCCGGUAGCAUCAGCAGUUGGCUGUAUUCCAAAGCCACACUUUCAUGACUUUGUUUUCUUUAUUUCUCUCUAGCCUUGUUUACAAUAUUGGCCUGAGCCAGGACUCCAGCAGUAUGGACCAAUGGAAGUGGAAUACGUUUCUAGGUCAGCUGAUGAGGAUGUUAUCGCUCGUCUUUUCCGGGUUCAGAAUGUAACACGGGUGAGAAGCUCAACAAUACCAUGCUGUUUUGAGAUUAUGUUGGUCUUGGGCGUAUAAUUCUUUUUUCUUAGACUGAACAUGCCUAAGUUGCCUUAUAUCAUCUCAAACUAUUGGUCCAUCUAACUCAGUAUUAUCUACCUGACUGAGAGCAGCUCUACAAGUUUCCAGCAGGAGUGUCUCCCAGUUCUGCAAGUAAACUGGCCCCAAGUUCUUACAGGCUUUAUAUACCAAUAGUAACACAUUGAACUUGGCCCGGUAAGAAAACAGCAAUAUGUGCAGAUAUCUGAGCAGAGGUGUUAUAUUUACUGACAGGUUCUCACUCCUGUUAGAAACCAUGCUGCAGCAUUCUCAGCUAACUGCAGCUUCUGGAUCAAGCACAAAUGAAGCCCCACAUAGUGUGCAUUGCAGUAACCCAGCCUUGAAGUGACCAAUGCCUGAACUACUGUGGUCAAGUUCUCCCAUUCCAGGAAUGGUCAAAGCUAUGGUACAAUAAUAGGGGGGCAUGACAGCUAUGUUCUACCCCCACGAUUGGAGGCAGUUUGCUCCCAGCUGCUAGGACUAGCAGGUGGAGAGAAUGUUCUUGCGCUUAGGUCCUGCUUGUGGACCUUUUAUGAACAUCCAAUUGGCCAUUGUGAGAAUAAGAUGCUGGACUAGACGUGCUACUGGCCUGACCCAGCAGAGCUCUUAAAACACCUCCUUUUCAGAAAUCUCUAGAUUUUGAGAAAACUUCAUUUUCAGGUUUGCAAGUGAUGGAGUGCUCUCCAUCCCAAGUUUGGCAGAAUGAUACAAAAUCUCUCUUCCUCCGCCUUUCCCCAAGUCUGUUCAGAGAGCCCAGUCCUUUAAAGCAUUCUCUAUUGCUUUUGAGUCCUCUUCUCCUUGUCUUGCAUAAUUGGUUUGGCAUGGAGAUGACACAGGUCUUUCUUGUCUCAUUCCCAUGCUGAAGCUGCAGGGGCUGUUUUUAAUAAGUAUCAGAUGCCACCACAUUCUCCAGCUCCUGCCAACACUUAUCUUGCAGGUAACUAUGUGAAUAAUUUGCAGGCAGCCACUAUGGUAAUGGGAUGCUCAGGGAACUAAAUGUCAACAACAGCAGAUCCUCUCUCUGUCUCCCAAGAAACUCGGCAGCCAGCAGAAUCAUCUUGGCUUGCCAAGAAAAAGAGAAGAUAACAUGGGCACAGAUAAUAACUCAAUGGCAGGGGUACAUGCUUUGCAUAGACGGUCCCAGGUUCAAUCCUUGCAUGUCCCAUUAAAAGGAUAUUGACAUUUCUUGUUAACAGGUGAUAGGAAAGAUGUAUUCCUAAAAUUCUGGAAGGCCCAGCCAGUCAGACUAGAUAGGAAUGAACUGGAAAGACAAAUCACAUGACCCAGUGAAAGGAGCUUCCUCUUUCCCUCUCUCCCCAAUUGUGUUCCUUCUCAGGCAGGAGUACCAGUGAAAGUUGCCAAGUUUACAGUCAAGGGUUUGUUGUUGUUUAGUCAUUUAGUCAAGGGUUAGAGUUUCCCAAAAGUGUGACUUGCAACAGCUUCAUUAACGUGUAAUGCGGAAAUUUCGGAUCCCCUCCAAACUGUUGCCAAAGUUUUGUGCUCGUACUGUGCCGCAAAUACUGUAUUUUGUGCCACUCCCCAAACUGAAUCUGAGCAGAACCUUACUGGGAUCGCUAAAAGGGAGGAAGUGGAUUAGGAGCCCUUGACUUCUGGAGGCCCAAUGGAGAGAAGCUUAAGCAGCUGGAUUUCUGCCUGACAUACAGAUGCUUCGGCCUUAAAAAUUGCCCUACUUGAUCAGACUAAGGUCUCAUCGAGCCCAGCAUUCUGUUGCCAGAAUCAGUCCUUCAGUAAAAUCUGGCUGAGUAUCCCUAAAGAUGCUAUUUAUAUUAUUUAUUGUUAGCAUAUUUACUGUUAGCUACACAGAGUGGCUGGGGUAUGUAUGUAUGUAUGUAUGUAUGUAUGUAUGUAUGUAUGUAUACUAAUACUAAUACAAAUACAGUGGUACCUCGGGUUAAGUACUUAAUUCAUUCCGGAGGUCUGUUCUUAACCUGAAACUGUUCUUACCCUGAAGCACUACUUUAGCUAAUGGGGCCUCCUGCUGCCGCUGUGCCACCGGAGCACGAUUUCUGUUCUCAUCCUGAAGCAAAGUUCUUAACCUGAGGUAAAAUUUCUGGGUUAGCGGAGUCUGUAACCUGAAGCGUAUGUAACCCGAGGUACCACUGUACUAAUACUAAUACUAAUACUAAUACUAAUAAUACUAAUACUAAUACUAAUACUAAAAUACUACUAAUACUAAUACUAAUACUAAUACUAAUACUAAUACUAACCUAAUCUUCAACAAAACUAAAAUUAAUCUCCCAGUGGCUUACAUGAGUUACAAGCAAACCACAGUCCCUAUUUCCAACUUACAAUCUAAAAGACACAACAUGAAAGGAAAAGAGGAGAGGGGGGGAAACAAGCCGUCGGGCACCAUUUAUUUCAUAUAACAACCUGCUGAGAUGAAGACAGUUCAGGAAGAGGAGGGGACAAAGGCAGCUGGACUCUUGGUGCAGCCCUUGCUGUGAGCCCUGCUUCCUUUCUCUCCCAUUGCUACAGUCAGGAGGAAAGGUUGCUUGGGACAAAGGAGCCGCCAAUGUUUCUAGACUGGAGGUGAGAAUGGAGAACAGAAUAUAUACUCAAUAAGGUUCAAUAGCUUUGUAACAACACAUUCCAUGGCAGGGCUGGCCCAAGCCAAAAUGGCACUCCCCACCCAUUCCAUGUACCAAAGUUGACUGGACUAGCAGCUGACUCUUACUUCAACUUGGUGCCCACCAGUACAUCUGAGGGCAGCAGCCUAGCUUUGGGAGCACAGAGCAGGCCACAGACACAGUUCUGCUCUGCAACACCUCACCCCCAUUGCCAGUCCCCACAAUGCCUGCUUCCUGUGGCAGCUGCCUCAUUCUGCCAUAAGGGGUGCUUAUGAGGUUGCAAGAAAUCCAGUACUUCCCAAUGGUUGGUGCUCUCUUCCAACUCUAAAAUUCCAUUCUUCUAUGAAGGACCACAUGUUUCCCAACCCAGAAAGGAGAAGCUGAUGCUUGAUUGACUCUUGCAUUUUUAAGUAGCCUUCAAACUUUUCAGACCUGGGACCCACCUUUAGUCCACUUGGAACCCAUAACUUACUCCCCCCCCCCAAAAAAAAACCCCCAUACAUUUUUAAGGUGGUAGUGCUGCUGUUUCAACCCAACUUAGAUCAGGCUGUGACCCUGUUGUUAGUCCCAUCCUACCAGCUAAAGACCAACAGAACCAACCGAUAUCUGUUUUUAACCAUUUCUCUUACAGUUUUAAUAUUUCAUAUUUAAACUAUCCAAGUUUUGAAUGGAAUAAGGUGAAAUCUUUUCUUCUCUCUUUAUGAGGGGCCAAAUAUUUGUUUUAUUAUUGUGUGCAAAGACUUCAGGCUUCUGGCUCAUUGUUUUCUUUUGCCUUUCCUUCCCUCUUAUGUUUUUGUACCUCUAAUAUCUUUGAUUAAUAUUUUAUCUGCUUCAGCAUUUUUCUACUUUCUGAAAAUAAAGGAAAGGGGGGGAAGCAAUACGGGGGGGGGGGAGAAUGAUAUUAAAGUCUUAAAGCAAAACAUUUUGACUUUUGAUGACUGAGGAGGAAAGGGAACCUUUCCAUUGCUGAGACAACUCUGAGGUGUGUCAGCACCUGGGAAUGUGUACACACAAACACACGGACAAUUUUUAAAGCAUCGAUCAGCACUUUAGACAAAUUUGCUCUGGAUCCCAGAAGGAUGCAGUUAAUCACUAAAACCAUAUAUUUCUUGCAGUGAUUAACAAAACAAAGAUAUUAAAGUCUUUAAGCAAAAGAAAAAAGAAAAGAAAAGAAUUGUUUUGGCUUCUGCCUUCCUCAGCUGCUCUGAGGUAAAUUAAAAUUCGCUGUAGCUAGGAAUGCCAGAGAAUUCUGAUAAAAAUGGAAACUGAAGGAGAAAAUGUUUGCAUUCUCUUAUUUGUCCCAUAUCAACCCAGAGAAUAUGUAACAAUCUGUCACUGAAGACUGCCUCUCCACCCCCCCCCAUGCAUUCUGUUUUGUGGGAGAAAAUUCCCCUUUGUGGAUUCAGUACGGAAAUGCAAGCCAAUUAGACUUUAUUCAGUAAUGCAUUAUAAGACAGAGUCCAAAGGAAUUUGUGAGAGCUUUCCAUUAUGGUACAUUUUAUAUAGGGUGGGCGAGGGGAGCGUCAUCUAGGCAAUUAUAUUUUUUUCUUCAAGCAUCUUCUGCCACUCCAUUGUCCCACCAUCUCUCACCCAACCACAGUCUUUUCCAACCCACUUUUUUUCUCUGUACUCACAGAGCCCUCCUUAUAUCUUAUCUGGGGGCCAUAUCACAGCCCCUCCAAACUGAGCAUGAAAACAGCCAACCUCAAAUUGUAGAGAUGGUGAAUGGAAUGUGGCCAUUUUAGCUCUAGCCCUAGUUUAAACUGGAGCAAAACAUGUCAAUUAUAUCAUUAUCAAUCAUCAUCCUGUAUCCACAUCUGAUUGGCUACCCAGUGCCAGGAUAUCAUUACAUUGCCCAUGUAAUCCCUGAUUAGCUGGAAUCUUUCUGGGAAGGAGCCUAGACAAAACCCCUCACAAACUAACAGAAGCAUACUUAGGGGUUGGAGAAACCAGUGUCUGCUAGGGGCACAGGCCGGGGGGGGGGGGUCAAAAAUCACCUAUUGGACUAUGGAGGGUACAAUGUAUAUGUGUGUGACAACAUGUGAAAGAAGUUUUCUGUCCUUCCCACAGUGUGGUAAAGUGAUUUUUUUUGGGGGGUGGGGCCACUGAAACAGCUCCUUGCCAGGGGUGCAAGGAAUCCUAGACAUGCCUCUGCAAGCAAACAGUGGUGCCAGAGUGACAAUCUGAACACACAAAACAGGAGCUUCAAAUUUCUGGAGGGUUUAUGGGGUCUUUUAUCCCCAUUUCACCUUGAAAAUUUGGCUAAACUCAUCCAAGUGCAUAAGUCCUAAUGUAUGGGUAAAUACAUCGAGUCUUCUUUGCUGAUGGCUCAGAAAUCUGUCACUGAUUGCCUUCUCUCCAGUUCUGUGCCUCUCCUGCCCCAGCCCAUUAAUAAAGCAUUAAUGACAGCUUUAGUGCCAGUCCCAGAGAUUCAUCUCAUAAGCCACUCUUGAUUCUCAUAGUAUUUUCAUUCUUCCCUCCCAAGCCUCUGAUUUGGUACUGGGCUCUGCAUCCACCUGCUUAAACCCUGGGCUCACUUAGCUGUGUGCACAUAAUCCCUCUCCUUCCAGAGCCCCCUAACCACAUUAGAUUGCAAAGCUAACCAGAUUACUAGAGUAUUAAAGAGCAUCCUUUUCCUCUCACAGCCUCCCUUCCCUUUCGAGAUUUUUUUUUGUUUGCAGAGAAUACCAAAUGUAUAAAAACAGGUGCUGCUGACAGCCAUCGUUGCCAGGACUGACAUUGUCACUUUUGGUGUUGUGUGUUUGUGAGAGAAUGAGUGGGGGGGGCAAUACCUAAGAAUAAGCUCAUUAUUAUGACAAAUCUGAACUGUGGGUGAGAGGAUACCAUUGCCAUCACCACCCCUCACCCUUCAAAAAAGAAGAAAAAAAGAAAAGAGAAGAUACCAUUGCUUCCAUUCCACAUGGCCCCGUGUUGCAUCCUGCCCUUCUUUUAUAUUUAAUUUCUAAAAUUAAUUCUGCAACUAGCACAUUGUAUGGGAGCAUUUUCCAUUCCGUCCUGUAUUUGUCGCAUGCGGCAGUGUCUCCAUUCCACUGCACUUCAGCUUCUGCCAAAAACCAUAUUAAUCACCUCACAGUUCACUGUGCUGAAGUUACACACCUUAAUAGUUUACAUCAUUCAUUAUGGUGUCAUUAUGUUAUUUUCUCCAUCCCAUUCAUUUCAAUGCAAAAGAAACACAAUGCAAAUGAGAAAAAGGGAACAUAAUCAAUUACAUAUCAUCUGUUGAUUGAAAGCAACAACAAUAACAACAGUGAAUGCUGGUUAUAUUCAGUGGAUUGAUUGCCAUUCCCAUCAUGGGAUGAAAAGCGCUGGUGAUUUCCACUCCCAUUUCCAUUUUUGUCAGAAUUCUCCAGCAUCCCCAUCAGCUUAACAUGGGUUUGAUUUCCUUCUCUUUGUUUUGGCCAUUUUCUCCCUCUACCUUAACAGUUUGCGCAAGUACAGCAUACACAAAGAAUGUUGAUGCACUCAUAUGAGCAUCUGAUUGUCUCAUAUCCCAUGUAGGAGUUUUCUAGUUACAGAGAUGAUGGUAGUAAUUGAUCAUGCUUAUUAGUCACUUUCUUUAAAAGUAAAAUAAAAUGAAAAGUAAACUUAAAGUGAUUUACAAUAUUGAAGUCUGAAGUUUAUUACAACCCAGUCCAGAAGCCCUUGACUGUACCUUGCUGGAGAUCGCCUUUGUCAGAGUAGAAUAUCUCCUUUCCUGAAAAAUUAACUGCAAUGCAAGGUAAUAAAAGUAAAAAAUCUUCAACUGCUGGAUCAGGGCCCACACAUGAGUGAUAUUGUGACCUGUGAUAGGACUUGCGACAAUGGGACCCCUCGUUUACCCUCAUUUUUUAUUAUUUUUUGGAAGAAGACCAGAAGUAUAGUCUCCUUUCAUUCACUAGUUGCAUAGAAAUAGAGAAUUUCAGCAGGCACCAUGAUAAGCAAUAGUGAUAGCUAAAAUGCCCUAUUCUACACAAUGGGAUAUAAUACCUUGCUGAUCAUAUAUCUGGUGACAAUAGAGCAUAUUUCCUCAUGCUGGUGCCCCUUCCCCCAUUGUUUUGGACUACCAACCCUUCCAGCAUGACCAGUGGGCAUGAGAGUUGUAGUCCAAAACCAGUGGUGGCUGAUGCCCUUUGCGACUGGUAGGGCAGAAGGCAGGGAGACCAACAGUGGAUGGCACUAGAGCCAACAACAGGCAGCGCCAACUAAUCUAGAAAUUUCCCCAUCCUUCUCCCUGCUAAGUUCUACAAGGAGGAGGAAGCUAACAGCCGGUGCUACCCCCUGGACUGAUUGUAAGUAAGAAGGCAGGCAAAUGAGGACUGGUUGGUGGCAGGCUGUGGUUGGUGGGGUGGUGCCCCAUUUGCCCAAGUGGACCAGCCCCCUGUCCAAAACAUAUGGAUGGCACCAGGGUAAGGAAGGCUGCUUUGGAGAGAAAAGGUCUGUCUGUGUGCACACACAAAUUUUAGGUUGUAGUUCAAGAAGGGUCGUGUGUCAAAAAAGCCUGAAAACAUCUCACCUAAGCAUGCUACCCUAAAGUGGGGGAAUGAUGUGCUUUCUCUAGUUACAGGAAGGGCACCUGAUGGUUCGACACUUCCAGUACCUGCGGUGGUCAGCCUACCGAGACACCCCUGAUUCAAAGAAGUCCUUCCUGCAUUUAUUAGCCCAAGUGGAUAAGUGGCAGGGGGAGAGCGGCGAUGGAAGGACAAUCGUCCAUUGUUUGUAAGUGUCACCUUGCGGGGUGGGGAGGGGGACAAGGGUCCGUCCUUCUCUUUUUUAUUUUUUUUAUUGAUACAGCAAGAAAAGAAAAAAAGAGAAAACAGAAAUACCAAAUUACACACAGAAAUAGCAAUAGACACAGAAUUUUCUUAACAAACAAUAAGACAUAAAUUGGUCUUAACACUAAAGACCCAACCUCCCGUCUAUUCCAUAUUUCGAUUUCAUAUAACUUAUUGCCAAUACACACUUUUAUCAUAAUUAAACCUUUUCUUAAUAGAUCUUAAUUCUUAUAUCUGCCUUGCAACUAUUACUGAAGUUCCUUGAAUGCUGCAACCGAGUUUAAACUACUAUAUUUAUAUUUCAAAUAUUCCUUGAAAACCUCCCAUUUUGAAACAAAUUCCUGUUUUGAUUUAUUCUUUAUUUUUUCUGAUAGGCCAUCUAAUUCUGCAUAUUCUGUCAGCUUUUGAAUCCAAUCUUGUAUAGAGAGGAUUUCAUUACUCUUCCGUCCUUCUCCGUUGGAAGGAGGUGGUGUUCACUUUAGCAAGCCACCUCCAGUUCUAUUACCUCUUGGUUUAAUUGUUAAGAAGGAUUUGCAAUGCUGGUGCAGUGUUGUGUUACAACAAAAUCGUUCUUUUUGUAGUAUAGCCUUUGCCAACCUGGUGCUCUCCAGGCUUUUGAAAGGGUGUUCAGAAUGGCCAACUGUUUAUCAUUAACAAGAUUUAGCUCUAUGUAGGUUCUGAGGAAGUGGUGGAAAAGUCUAUUGAUCCUCAUAUGUUGAUGGUUUCAAACCUGCCCCUCCUAAAAAAAGGUAUACAUAUGAGGCAACUUUUACAUUUCCAAAUUGAUUGGGGCACCCAGAAAGCUUUUAAUCAAAAAUGAAUUACCAUCUUGUCUGUCUUCGUUAGCCGAAGGAUAAUUUGGCAGUGUAUUUGCAACAUCCAGAGCUUUCCAGAGGGCAAAGUUGAGACAACAGAGAGACAGGAGAGAGAGAGAAAAGAAGAAGAAGAAGCAACCUCUGGCUUACAAACAGCAAUCUUGCAUGUGUCUGGCUAAUUUGAUUAUAUCAGGUGUAAAGGAUUUAUUAGCUCUGAUGGGAAUCCAUGCCCUGCAGAUUUUACAGUGUAAACUGGCAACAUGCCUGAAAUAAUAGGGGAGUGUGGGCGAGGAGGGGGAAAAGGAAAGUCUGAGCUUCACUGGGUCUCAUCACUUUACACAAAACAAAACUGCUGCUGAAGAAGGAAUAAAUAAAGUUGCUCAGAUUUGCUCUGGGAGCUUGAGAUAGUAUUGAUGUCAUUUGCAGCUGUUUGGUUUGGCUAACGUGGAGCUAUUAAAACCUAUACUGUAACUUUAAAGGAGGGAUGGGGAACCUCAGCCCCAGGGGACGAGUGCAUUUUUAUUUGGCCCACCCCAAGCCUUACCUAUAGGGACGCGGGUGGCUCUGUGGGUUAAACCACAGAGCCUAGGACUUGCCGAUCAGAAGAUUGGCGGUUCAAAUCCCCGUCACGGGGUGAGCUCCCAUUGCUCAGUCCCUGCUCCUGCCAACCUAGCAGUUCAAAAGCACGUCAAAGUGCAAUUAGAUAAAUAGGUACUGCUCCAGCGGGAAGGUAGACGGCAUUUCUGUGUGCUGUUCUGGUUUGCCAGAAGCGGCUUAGUCAUGCUGGCCACAUGACCCGGAAGCUGUAUGCCGGCUCCCUCGGCCAAUAAAGCGAGAUGAGUGCCACAAUCCCAGAGUCGUCCACGACUGGACCUAAUGGUCAGGGGUCCCUUUACCUUUACUAAGCCUUUCCUGCAGAUACUGAGGCUUGAACCCUAUACUUCCUAAAGAAAUUUCCUUCCAGUAGCACCUUAGAGACCAACUAAGUUUGUUAAUAGUAUGAGCUUUCGUGUGCAUGUACACUAUACUUCCUGCAUGAAAUCAUAUUUUCUCCCACUGAGCCAUGGCCUGAUUUUGCUGCCAUUCUUGAAAAUUGCCACAGUGCAGGAAAUCUGGCUCUUCACCUCCUUGUUGCAGGCUAUUAGCAUUUCAGAUUUCUCCACAGUAGGAAGAAAGACAACGCUCCACAGGCACUGCUGUGUUCUGAGUGGACAAGAUGAGAUUAAGGAGAUUCUCUGCAAAAAUUGUGUCGGCAUUCGUUGGUCUCUUCUGGAGUCGCAAUGUAGUGUCAUUCCUGGGUGGGAACAUUCUGGGGAGCAAGAAGAAAUGAGGGCUGCCUCUGUUGGUCAAUGGGGUAGCCAAUUUUUUCUCCCAGAAAAUGCAAUGUGCCAUUCCCACCAGGCAAUGUUGCAGCAAAUGCAGCCGGGCUGUUCAGAAGGCGGUACCACUACCACUUGAACGAUGGCAAAGCUUUGGUGUUUUUUUAAUGAAAAAUAAAAUAAUAACAGAAGAGAAGACAGAAUAAAAAUAUUGAAGCAGAGGCAAAAAGGGUCUUUGAUUAUUUUUGUUAUACAGAAACACAACACCCUCCGGCGCCUCAUUUUAAAUAACGGUAAGAUGCAGAGCCCAUUCAAAAUUUUUAUAGAUUUCAGAUCAUGCUGGGAGAUGAUUCCUAUUUCUGUAUGUUAUUUUUGUCCCAGCAUUUCUUAUGUCUGUGAGUUAUUUUCCCAAGCAGUCCUGAAACUGACUUGCCCAAAUACCGGAUCCCUGCACUAAUACAAAUAAUGUAAUGCUUAGUAUUUAUAUAAUACUUUGCUUAAGAGUUUGAAAUGCUGCAUUACCACCAUCAUAUAAUAAUGCUGGUAUUAUCCCCAUUAGCAAAGUGCUCCGACUUUUGGUGGGAUGAGGGUUUUCCCCGCCCUCUCCAUUUUCUUUGGACUCCCAUCUGUAUUUGCAUAGGAGCAAAACAGCCCUUCUGAGUCUGCUCAACAAUUUAACCUCUUAGCAAGGAUUAUUUCUCAAUCAUUGCCACCAGCCUAUAUUUAAUUACACCCAAGAGACAGCAAACCCCUUGAUCCAGAGCCUUAAAAGUGGCUACUCUGGAAAGCCCAGGGUAAUUAUGCAACAUGGGGAGGUGAGCGCAUUCUGAGCUUAAGACCCUUUUCUAAGGAAGCAAGCAAAUCUUCGGCAGCCUCUUGCAUAAACCAUGGCUGCAAACUUUGAAAUCCUUUAGACAAAACUCAAAUGAAUCAUUUCAACAGUUUUUACAGGGGGGGGGGGGGGAGAAACAGUGAUGAAGCCUAAAACGUGGCAUAACUUACUGUGAUGGCUUCUGCUCUGCAUUUCUUGACCUGGUUGGAAUUAUUAAACCAGACUUUGAGAACUUACAGAUUUUUAAGAGUCCUCCGUUCAAGACUUCCAAAAGCACAAAAUGGUACUGAGCUUCGGCUUUCAGCUUUGGAUUCAGCUGAACUUAGGUCUUAUUGCAAUCAAUGGGGCAAUCGAGUCAUGUCUUAAGUACCAUUGCUUUCAAUGGGUAUGGAGUUCAACAAACAGCCCCAGUUUAGUCCCCACUUCUGCCAUCUGGCUGCCGUCUAUUCACGUGCCUUAUGCAAGGUUUGGCUAGAAUCUAGAGAAGCCACUGUUCCUGCAUCCUUUUCCUCCCCAACGCAAAAGCCUUAAAGAUUGGGCUCAAGGUGACCAUCAAGUCCAUUUCUUUAUUUAUUUAUCAUUGCUUCCCAUACAAUAUCCUGAAGUGAUUAACAAUAAAAAAAGAACAAUGAAAAACAUAGAUAAAAAACAAUUUCAAGUCCAAAUCCCUUAUGAUUUGUGGAGCCUUACUUAUUGAAUGUAGGAAGUGUGCCUAAUUUCAGCUCUCUAAAGUUAUCCUUUGGGUUGGGUACAUGCAGUGCUUUUUUUUCCCUUGGAGAACGAGGGGGUACGCAUACCCCUAAACAUUUUGUGAAUCUUUGUGCUUUUGUCCAUUUACUGUAUUUAUUUUCCCCGAUUUGAACUAUAAAAUGGUGAUUUUCUUGAGUCAAAAUGAGAGUACCCCUAAACAUUUUUUAAGGGAAAAAAAAGCACUGGAUACCUAUACAUUACUUUGGCUUGUUUCUUUCUUUCUCUCUCUCUCCACUGCUGGAUAAAAAGCAGUUCACCAUUCUGUUGCUGUUGUUACAUUUAUAUCGUAUCUUCCCUUUAAGUUGCUUAAGGUGGUAUACAUGGCUCUCCUCCUCCGAUUUUUUCUUUACAACAACCUUGUGAGGUAGGCUAGGCUGAGGGUUAGUGACAGACCCACUGCCACCCAGUGAGCUUCAUGGCUGGGUAGGGAUUUGAGCUCUAGAAUCCAAGGUCCUACUCCCAAUACUGUAACCACUGGGCUGCUUUAAUAUGCUGACUGUUCCCUUGCAUUUAAUUUCUCCUGCAGAAACGGGGGAGGCCGAAGCGGCACUUACUGUGCCUGCACCAUGAUCUUGGAGAUGAUCAAGUGUCACAAGCUGGUGGAUGUUUUCUUCGCUGCAAAGACCCUCCGCAACUACAAGCCAAAUAUGGUUGAGACCUUUGUAAGUAACAAAAGCACAGUUUCCUUUGCCUGUGCCUUUUGAAAAUUUUGCAGCUCUGUGGAAUUGGCAGGAAAUGACAGAAUUUUCUGCCUUAAUAAUAAUAAUAACAGUAAUAAUUUAUUAUUUGUACCCCACCCAUCUGGCUGGGUUUCUCCAGCCACUCUGGGCAGCUUCCAAUAAAGAUUAAAAAUACAUUAAAAUGUCACACAUUAAAAACUUGCCUGAACAGGGCUGCCCUCAGAUGUCUUCUAAAUGUCUCUUUGAAAUCUGAUGGGAGGGCAUUCCACACGGCGGGUGCCGCUACUGAGAAGGCCCUCUGCCUGGUUCCCUGUAGCUUUGCUUCUUGCAGUGAGGGAACUGCCAGAAGGCCCUCGGCACUGGACCUCAGCGUCUGGGCAGAACGAUGGGGGUGGAGAUGCUCCUUCAGGUAUACUGGGCCUUUAGUAUACCUCAAACUGAGAUCAUGACCUUUAGCUUGCACCCCUUUUGUAAGAUAUGUUGGUAAAUGGCUAUCAACCAUGGUAGCUCAAGAGAACUUCAAUAUUCAUAGAAUUAUAGAUUUGGAAGGGACCCCUGACGAUCAUCUAGUCCAACUUGCUGCAAUGCAGGAAUAUGCAGCUGUCCAAUAUGGGGAUUGAACCUGCAUCCUUGGUAGUAAUUAGCAGCAGGCUCCAACCAACUGAGCUAUCCAGACUCAGCAGCACGAUGUCAUUGAAUACUAGUUGCUGCAGAGGGCUGUUGACUUCAUGCCCUGUGGCUGGGCAUCCCUAGCUGGCCACUGUGAUAAACAGGAUGCUGAACUUCUGUUCUGAUCUUGCAGGGUCAUUUUUUACUAGUGGUUGAUAUCAUAGUCUUGACCAGGAAUGAAAGAAAGCCUUGCUGUUUUCUUUAACUGGCAGAAGGUUAGUGUGACCAUAGAUGCUAGAUGAGGCUUCCAUUUGAAGGGAGCUUCAGCUGGGCAUGGAAGGCCCUAGGUGGACAUUCAAGGUUCCCCAAGCAUAAAGAUAGCAGAUAGGGUUGGUGGCUGAGGGUUGACCAGUUCUCUUCCAAAGAGUUUCUAAGCUCACCUUCCAAACCUUCCUCUCUCUCUAGCUUAAUACAUGCUUGCCAGGAGUCAUGGGGGAUAGAAUCCAGGACCUUUAUAUCUCUGUGGGAUGGCCCUGCGUGAUGAGCCACCAGGACUGCUGCUGUUUACUGUCCCUAAUUUGGCACAUUAUAUAUUGGGAAGAUCAGGUUGUGGAGGGCAAUUCAACAUGAUGCUAAGUCAUGCUGUAGAUCUGAGGUGGGAUCUGUUGUCAACCUGAGAGCUGCAUUCCAUCAAGAGAAACCUAAGGGACACAUGUCACUGGUGGGUGGGACCAGGGGCAAAAUGUGGAUGGAACAUGGGAUAGGACUUUGAUCAGCAGGCUACAUUCCAGCCAGACAAAAGUCAAAGAUCCAAGCAGGCAAGCAAGAGAAGAAAAGGCAAGAUCACAGUUCAAGGCACUUGAGGAGGGUAUGGAGCAGGGCCAGUGAGAGGCAUGGCCUAGGGAGAUGGGUGUGGCCUGGGGAGAGUUCUGAAGGUCACAUAGAGAUGUCUAGAAGGCCUUCUUGGCUGCAAGGAAUUGCCUGAGGGCACACAAUGGAGCUAGCCUGCUAAAGCUAAACAAAUCUAAGUUGGGUCCGUGCCUGCAUUGGACGCCUCCUGUAUGCGGCUAUGACUUCCAUAAUGGAAGGAACCACAAGUAUCAUCUAGUUCCACCUGUUGCAGUGCAGGAAAGUUUUGCCCAACAUGGGGCUUGAACCCACAACCCUGAGAUUAAGAGUCUUUUGCUCUGCUAACUGAGCUAUUGAGAUCAAGCCAAAUCAAAAUGAGGAUGAGGGCAAUGGAUUGUACACAGUGUUAAUCCUACUCAGAGUUGGCCCACUGCAAUGAAUGGGCAUGACUAACUUAGGCCAAUUCGUUUCAAUGGUUCUACUCUGAGUGGAACCUAGGAUACAGCCUGUCUUGUGUGAGUAAAAGUAAAAUAAAAAAUAGUGCAAAUAUAGCACCCAGCUGUAGAUGGGAGUGGGACUGUUGGUGUCGUAAUUGAAAGGUACCGUAUUUUUUGCUCUAUAAGACGCACUUUUCCAUCCUAAAAAGUAAGGGGGGGUGUGUGUGCAUCUUAUGGAGCAAAUGCAGGCUGCACGGCUAUCCCAGAAGCCAGAACAGCGAGAGGGAGCGCUGCGCCGCCCUGCGGAGGCUUCGUGCGGCUAAGCCAGAUCCCGCUUGCUGUCCUGGCUUCUGGCUUAGCUGUGCGCAGCCUCUUCCGGGCAGCGGGAGCCUUCAUCCCGCUGCCCGGGAGAGGCUUCGCGCAGCUAUCCCAGAAGCCAGAUCCCUCUUGCUGUUCUGGCUUCUGGGAUUCAGAAUACUUUUUUUCUUGUUUUACUCCUCCAAAAACUAGGUGCCUCUUAUGGUCUGGUGCGUCUUAUGGGGCGAAAAAUCCAGUAUGUUUCUACCCCAUUCACAGUCCAUGCACUCAAAAACUUGAUAAAUGCUUGCAAACAGGGUAGUGGAUUUGGGAGGGGUGCAUUUUGGUGCAGUUCUAGAGCCAAACCCUACGGAUGAACAUUUUGCUUUUCUAAGCACACACAUCUGCAAUGCCGGAAUCUUAUUUUCUUGCUUUAAGUAGCGAGUCAUGCCAGGAACAGAACUGGAAUGGCGACGGCGGGGGGUGGGGGUGGAAUAUGACAUUUGUGAAGUCUGGAUUAUCAAAUUUCUACCUUGCAAAAUGAAAUGUCUUUUGGGGUGGAUGUGAUUGCAUUAGGAAUUAAAACCACAAUUGGAGCAGGGGGAUGCGGGGGGGGGGAGGAUAGGAAUUAAGUGAAAGCAAUAAAAAAAAAUGCAAGAACUGGCACAGAGUCGGACAGCCUAUUGGGCUAAAUUGCAAGGUAUUAGCAGAUGCAAACUAGUGUUUUCAUCCGGAACACAAUCUUUCCCCAACCUCAGCUGAACCUGCAAAGGCUGUUUCCUGAAGACUUAAUUUAAUGAUCCACCACAGGAGUAAAUGAGAUCUUGUCUGUUUUGCUAUUAGUAGAGUUUCACUGAUUUGCACCCGCAGAGGAUCUGGCCCCUGUGUACAUCCUUUCUGCUACAGAACUUUGAUGUUUCAAUGCUGCCAUCAAGGAAAGCAACCUUCUUCUUCUUCUUUUUCUUAAUCCAAAAGCAUUAGAUAGUUGUUUAAUCUCUUGUAUAGUUGCCUUCACUCUUUGAUUCUCUUCCCUUCUGGAGACCACUGGCACCUGAGGCUCUGGGCUCAGGUUUCCCCAACCCACAAGAAACUAAUUGGUUUCUUAAAAAGUUGGCUGCUGCUUCCAUUGAAGGAAUUGUACUUAAGAGUUUGGAUGGAAUGCCUUCUCUAGCAGCCAGCCAAACUUCUGUUGUUGCCUAUAUCUUAAUUGCUCCCUCCACAUGUUAAAGGCCAAGUCAGAAUGAUUGGGAGGGCAUAGUCCAUUGCAUGAACCCCUGUCUGCAGUCUGAAGUACAGGCGGCAACAUUUUUGCUCGCGUCCAAUUGACAUGCGGCUGCCUACGUGUGGGUCCUUUUGGACCUGGAAGAGGGCAGAACAGGGUGGUGGUGGUGUGGAAUGGGGCAUAACAGGGGGCCAGGAACAGAACCCCCAUGCAAAAUGGUUGUCACCUGUAGUGCAACCCAGACACAGAUCGACCAUCUCAGUGAAAAAGUAAAAGGGGCAACCAAAAUGAUGAAGCAGAUGGCAGAUGGAGCAACUAUCAUAUGAGAAAAGAUUGCUGUGUUUGGGACUUCUUGGUGUACAGAUUUUAGUUUAGAGAAAAGACAAGGAAGAGGUGAUGUGAUAGGUGAUGUUUUUCUCCCUCUCUUAUAAUGUUCAUGGACCUCCAAUGAAGCUGAAUGUUGGAAGAUUCAGGAAAGAUGAAAGUGUUCUUCAAAGCAGUGCCUAGUUAAAAUAUGUGAUGGCCACCAGUUUGGUUGGCUUUAAAAGAGGGCUGGAUAAAUUCACGGAUGAUAUUGCUAUCGAUGGCUACUAGUCAUGGUGACUAUGCUCUGCCUCUACAGUAAAGCUUCUGAAUAUCAAUUCCUGGAAACCAUGGAGGUGGGGUGGGGAGAGUUCUAAUGUGCUUGGGUUUUGCUUGCAGGUUUCCCAUAGGCAUCUUGUUGGCCACUGUGAGAACAGGGUGCUGGACUAGAUGGGCCAUUGGCUUAAUCUUGCAGACUGAAAUCAAGAAUUUUCAGAGCAAUUCAAUCGCCUCUCCCCGGGGGGCAGGGCAACCACAGACACAUCCUUAGCCCCUCUUCCAGCUGAGCUGGGAUGAGAGAGAAUUUCUUUUUUCUUUUUUUGCAUUUAAUGGGAAACUACCUAGUUUGCAUUUUUCAAACUAACACACAAACCAAAACAGAUAUCCUUUGAAAUUUGCACUUCUCUGAAUUUUGUGGUGCAGUUUUUCCACCGUCUAGCAGAGGGAUGCCUCUGCCCGAUUCAGACCCCCCCCUCCAGCAUGGCAAAUCAGGGUUUGGGGUAGUUCCGCCCUGUGCUUUGGGUGGCUCAAGAUGUAGCUAAUUUCAUGCCAUAGCUAUUGCUGGGCUGCAGUACGCCACGUGGUACAAAAUGCAGAGCAGGUGCUUCAAGGAGUGUUUAUUUCUGACCAAUUGGUUGCAAAAUGAUUGGCAUUGCUAUGUCCGGUCCGUUGCCUUCAGACCUAACACUGACACCAGAUCAUUUUCUCCAGAAUAUCAAUCACGAUCCUUUUUCUUUUCGCUUUUAAGGUGCCCACAGUUCACACAGCCCCCCGACUGUGGCAUAAAUGUAUGAUAGUCUCAGACCAUCCCAGUAGGAAACUCAUAUAAUACAAAAGAAUUAUCCAUCAUAUCAGCUGCAGGAUAUAGAUAAAAGAAAAGCACUCUGCUGCAUAGACGACCUCUUAAAAGGAGCUGUCGUUUUUCUACUUCAGAGAAACCCUUUCAAAAUGUGGUCUUGGCUCCUCUUUCAUCUCUUUCCCAGGCUGUUGCGGACUCCGCUGAUGCCUAAAUCCUCCCCCUUCCUUCCUACUCUCCUGACAUCCUAAUAGCAGAUCACUCUUUUGCACUCUGGCUUUCAUGAGAGUUUGUUGUCUCUUCCUUUAUACAGCAACGUUCCUUUCCAUUUUGAAAUUUGCUUUUGGACAACGAAGGUACGCAGAGAAAUCUUAGCCCAUCUUCCCCAGUGGACCUGAAUUUCCCAGCUGGAUUCAAUAGCGCUUACUUCCAAGCAAGUGAGCAUAGGAUUGCAGCUACUGCAGAGCGAAAAAUGCCACCCCAUUUCACAAAGGCUUUUGUGGCCCUGUUCGCAGCCACCAAAGGGGGAAGAGAUCAAUAGCCUACCAUUGCUUAGAAAAGUUAUUGUUAUUUUUAUUAAUUGUUAAAUUUGUAGACUGCCAUGUACCCGCAGAUCUCAGGGCCGUUCACAACAUAAAAUCACAAUAUAUUUAAAAAGCCUACAAAGUACACAAUAAAAACAAUAAUAAAGACAACUUAAUUACCUCCGCCUUCCACAAUGCAUUUUCAAAGGGCAUUGGGUGUCAAUCAGCCAAAGGCCUGGUUGAAGUGGCAUGUAUGGAUCUUUUCCUUAUGCCCAUCUUGUCUUAACAACCCUGUGUGGUAGGUUACGUUAAGAGAUAACCAUAUUCAGCUAUGUGUGCAGAUAAAGAGCUGUCAGAUUACCAUUGCAAGCCCUACACUCAAACUCUACAUAAGAGAUCUCAGUACAGGAAGAUCUGAAGAGGGUUACUUCUUAUUUGGAUGACAUUUUUAAAAAAUUAUGUGUUUAUUAUAAAAUUAAAUAUUAAUGGACAAAGCAAUUAAUAUAUCCCUCAUGUAUUUGAGGUUGUUUUAUUCUUGAUUUUAAUGUUUGUGUUGGUGAGAGAUUCAGAUGUUCUUGACACUACAGCUCCUGUCACACCUCAUUACAGCAUGUGGAGGAUGGGGAACAUGGGGGACACUGUGGUCUAAACCACUGAGCCUCUUGGGCUUGCUGAUCAGAAGGUUGGCAGUUUGAAUCCCUGCGAUGGGGUGAGCUCCAGUUGCUCUGUCCCAGCCCUCCAACCUAGCAGUUCGAAAGCAUGCCGGUGCAAGUGGAUAAAUAGGUAUCGCUGCGGCGGGAAGGUAAAUAGCAUUUCCGUGUGCUCUGGUUUCCAUCACAGUGUUCCGUUGCACCAGAAGCAGUUUAGUCAUGCUGGCCACAUGACCCGGAAAAACUGUCUGUGGACAAACGCCGGCUCCCUCGGCCUGAAAGCAAGAUGAGUGCCGUAACCCCAUAGUCGACUUUGACUGGACUUAACCGUCCAGGGUCCUUUACCUUACCUUAUGUGGAGGAUGCUACAUUGCCUGGUCACUGACAAUAAGGAGCUACAUGGACCAGUGGUCUGAUUCAGUAUCAAGUCACCUUGCUGUGUUCCAGACCAGAGCAAAUGCUCAUCUCUUUGAGGAUCCUGUUUCCCUCAGCAGCCAGCCAUGGGGCCCGCAAGCAGCACAAGAGGGUCAUAACCCACACCCCAUGUUUUUAGUGAAUAGUGUUCCUCACUGAAUAGUGUUUCUCAGAGAUGCAGUGUUGUAUUUUCAUCACAGUAAACCCACUGAAAUGAACAACAACAAGAAAAAAUAGCGGGUCUGCUCUGAGAAGGCCUAGCAUUGGUUACAUACAACCCAUGUUGUCUGUGACCCUGGAACUAAUAUAUAGCUCAUCACUAAUCCUGACCUGGCGCCAGUCACCAUCUCUUAGCCUAACUUCUCUCACUGAGUUGUUGGGGGUACAUAAAAUGGGGAGAAGCAGAAAUAUGUACACCAUCUUGAUCUCUUGAAGGAAAGGUGAGAUACCAAUAUAAAAAUAAAUAAACUGAUAAAGAAUUAAAUUAAAUUGUUGUGAAUUUCUCCAGCAGGAGGUGUUUUCAGGGCCGGGUUUAGGUUUGAUGAGGCCCUAAGCUACUGAAGGUCAUGGGGCCCUUUACAUGUCUAGCCGUCCUUUGUCAACAACAAAUUGUCGCUUUUUUGUGUUGAAUAUAUGAUAUGGUAAUUUAUGGACCUAAUAGGUAUCUAAAGCCAUUUGCACAUAACAAAAUAUGUACAUCAUAGGAGCCUACACAACACAAACACUGUUGCUUUAUGUAGGUUUUAUUUUAUUUAUUUUUUAUCUUAUAUUUUGGAAAUGUACAUCCAGGGUUUUUUUCCUUUAAUUUUUUUGGGGGCCCCCAAGAGAGUGGGGCCCUAAGCUAUAACUUGUUUAGCUUAUAUGUAAAUCCUGCACUGGGUGUUUUCCAGCAUUUUUCGCAAGGCUGGGUCAGAGACAGAGGAGAAAUUUGCUUGGUAUGCUUUUUGCAGUGGACUGAGCUGAACUUGCCUUCACUCCCAGUCAAGUUGUGCACUUUUGUGAUGCCGUUUUGGUGAACAAAAUGUGCCUAUAAGAACGUGUACCUUAUGUACCAAAUGCUUAUUUUAUGGGGAAAUGCACUGCAAAGCAUUGGUGAAUGUGCACUUUGCCCGUUCUUAACAAUCCUUCUUUUCUCCUCUCCCUCCCCCUUAAAGGAACAGUACCACUUCUGCUAUGACAUAGCCCUGGAAUACCUGGAGUCACUGGAGACCAGAUAG